AUGUUUGGGGAAAAGAGCACGGAGGUAGGGGGGGUUUUUGGCCCGCAAGGUCUUCCCAAAAAGUCAAUCUGGGCAGGCCCAAAAAGACUCAGUUUUUAGGGGAGGGGGGGGAAAUUUUCUUUUAAAUGCUUUCGCCCUUUUAUGGGACGAUGGCGGCGCCCCACAAAAAAUACUAUGGGUUUAAAGGUGACUGUCAGAAAAAGAAAAAGGGGGUCUUUAGACCACAAUUACUUGCUCUGUCCAAAGCCACAGAUCAAGAAGAAAGAGGAAAAGAGCGGAGAGCAGAGCGAGGCAAAAUUGGGGAGAAAAGGGGGCUUGGACUAACCAACAAACAGGAGGAGCUCCUUGCCAAACUUUCUCCAGAGCUGCGAGCAGAGUUCAAAGAAGCCUUUUUUAAAUAAAAUCCCCAAAAAAAAAGUGGUGGGUAGCAUGGUUGGGGAGCCAAAAAGAGUGGGCCCGUUCAUAAUGAUGUGUUGGAUUUUGACGGGCAAAUUUGGCCCGUAGUCGGUUUCGUUGAUUUAUUCGCUUUAGAUAAAUAAUUAUAUUUUAAUUUAAAACAGGGGGGAGGUUUUCAAGUUUUAAAAGGUGGGGAAACAUUAAGUUGAUUGUCCAAAAUGUUGGAGGGAUGGGGGGGGGGAAAAAAACCCCUUAUACCCAAAAAGAUCCCCCGAGGCUGAGAGUUAAAAAAAAUCCCAAAAGGGAAAAAAGCAGAGCCCCCAAAAAUCCUUUUUUACGGGGGUUGGAAAAAUGUGGCGAAGGUGAAACCCGGUGGGCCCGCCACAGGGAAUGCAAAAAGUUUCUUUCCCAAAUUUUUACUAAAGGGGCUUGGGGGGCCCGGGAAGGGAAAAAAAUUUGAAACCGGGUUUAUUGGCCCCAGGGAAAGGGGCGGGUGGUCCCCCAGGGCCCGUUUAGAGUAGUUGGGGGGGACCUCGUCCUCUGGGGGUGGCCCCCCCCGGGGAACUGUUGGGGGAACGAAACCGACCUCUUUGGGAAAUGAUAGAAACCCCGCCCGGCAAAAGGUUUUUAAAAAACAUUUCGCAGGUCCCAAAGAAAAAACAGCCCUUUAAAAGGGCGUACAAAAAGAUUUCGUGGGAAAACGGAAGGACCCAGGUUUUGGUUUUGGUGGAAAAAAAGAAAAACGCCCUCCGAAAAAAAACGCAAUACCAAAAAAAUUUAAAUUUUGAAAAAGGUUUUUAAGGGGGGCAAAUUGGGGGCCGGGCCCGUGACCUUCCCCGUGGUGGGGGCCCGCAGGGUGCGGUAGGGUUUCCCCCCCGGAGGGCCCAAGGGGGCAAAGACCCCAAAGGGAGGAAAGGAAAAGGGAAAAAAGACUUGGGGAAAAUAAAGGAAUGUCUCAAACCCACGUUUCAAGGGUGACAAAACAAAAGCCCAAAAACCCCUAAAUUGGGGGGGCGAGUUAACCCCUGGAAAAAAGGGGACCCGCAAAAGUGCCUGACAAUCGGGGUGCAGUGAAAAACGACCCUUUUUUAAAAACUGGGGGAAAAAGAAUGGAGAGGGGCCCGGGAAAGGGAAGGCGGGGUACAGGAGCAAAACCAAAAAUAUGGUCUCAAAAAGGGGGGUGCCCUUUAAAAAUCACCCAAGAGGGAAAAACCCAUAGCUGGGAAAGGGAAACCAAGUGUAUUCAGUCAUUUGGGGGGUUUCUUUCCCAACCUCAAUCCCAAACCCCUACCCUGUAAGAAUUGUUUUGGGAACCCGUAGCCAAAAAAAUUUGGAAUUGGGUUAAAAAUUAACCCACGUACAAGGGUCCGAUGUUCUAAUCAGUUUAAAGGGGGUGCUUUGGGGAUUUAAAGGGGGAAGGGGGGUACGCCCCCCCUGGGCCCAUUUUUGAAAUUUUUUACAAACCCCUGUUUUCUUUAAGACCCAAAAAGAAGGGACACCCCCUGUUCUCUGGAGAGACCAAAAAUCCUUUAAAGGGGGGUGAAACGAAAAUCUUUGGUCGUCCCGGGGGGCAAAAAAUUGGGGAUUUAAAAAAGUGGGUUUUAUCGCCCAAAGGGGGCAAAAAUUUGGGAGAAACAGCCAAAAACCCGCCCCCGUUUGCAGCCAUGGUUUAGGAGGCCAGGGGUUUGGGUAGGGAAAAUUUUAUUUGGAGGGGCCAAACUUGAGUCCCACAAUGACUUCCCGGAAAAACUGGGGAAAAUCACCCAAAAAAGUGGGAAAAAAAGAUCUUAAAAGGUGGAGGCUUUUUUUCCUUUAAGCCAUGGGGCUUAUCAGGCCAACGUGGGGGGUCCCAACCACAAAAAUGAUGCCCGUAUUUAGUAAAGGAAAAAAGUGAGUGUUUCCCAAAAAAGGGUUUGGGGUUUAAAACCCAAACCCAGAUGCGGGGGCGGGAAAAAAAGCAAAGCAUUGGAAAUCGGGCCUUUUGAAACCAGAGGUUUACAAAUUCCGGGGUGAUGAACCCCCCGUUUAAAUUUUUUUCCAAAAGGGAGAGGAAAAAUAAGAGGAAAAAGGAAAAUCGAUUUGCGCAAAAAAAGGAAGGGAGAGGUUUAAAAAUCCAAAACCCCCCUUGGGCCCGUUUGGAGCUGCCCAAGCCGAUUGCUGGUUUCUACGACCCCAUUGGUUGCCACCAAACCCCCCCAAAAACAGGGAAAAGGGGGGGGUGAUGAUUUUUGAGAGAAGCUUACCAAAGGAAAAAAAAAAAUAAAUAAGCAAAUCCCCGGGUUUAAAGGGCCAAAUUGGGGUGGGCCACCUCACCCAAAAAAAAAAGGGGGCUUCCCUAAACUCCUCGGAAAAAAAAAUAUGUGAGACUUUCCCCCGAUUUAGGUUCCGGAAAAAAAGCCUUUACACCCCAAACCCGGGAACCCUUUGGGCCCUCCAAAGGGGGUCACGUUUUUUAGGUGGGGGUGAGGUUCCUACGGGCCCUGGGGCUCUUAAACCGUUGGGGGACGCCGAAAAAAUGGGGUCGUUUGUUUAGGGUGGUUUUAGUCAAAAAACAAAAAAAUUACCCCCUCAAACCCGAAAAGGGGGACGUGAAAAAAACCCGAAAGGAAAGGGUGCGUCUUUUCGAUCCCCCUGAGAAAAACCCUUUUAAAGCACUGCCGCACAAGGGUUUGGGACGCGGUGGGCCAAAUUUUUGGGGGUAAACCAAAAAAAUCAAAGGGAGCAAAUUUCCCAAAGGGUAGUAUGGCUACCAAAAAUUUCUUGCCCAACCGCAUUUGAGAAACCCGAAGGUGGACCAGUGGGGAAAACUGGAGGGGGAUUGGGGGGCAAAACCCGAACAUAGGGAGAAAAUUUAUCACAAAGGGGGGGGAAUUUUGAGGGAAAAUCGAGGGAAAGGGUUUUUAGAAAUGGAAAAAAGGCCCAGGGGUUUCCCGAGUUUUCCUGGGGCUGAAAUGGCCUGUGAAAAAAGGCCCGGAAAGGGUAAGGGGGCCCCGCGGGCUGAUGAUGUUAAAAGGUUUUCAGAGGAAGGAAGGGGCCCUUUUCAGUUUUUUAGUCACCAGGUCUCAGGGGAGAGAAAAAAUUUAGGCCCCGCAAAAACUGAUUUUUGGGGGGGCCCAAAAUUUUCAAGACCCGCAAAAACAAAAAGCAGAAAAUGAAAAACCAAGGGGCCAAAAACCCGAAAUAGAGGGGGCCCCCAAAAAGGGGAAAGGGCCCCGGGGUGUAGCUCUAAAUGCGCCUUGUUGGGCCCGAAACCCAUUUAGGGAGCUGUUUUUAAAUUGUUUGGAAAAAAAAUCGCAUGGGUUUGAAAAACGGGAGAAUCCGGGGUGAGGGAAAAAAAAGCUACCAAGCCUCGAGCUCCCAAACAAAAAUGGGGGGGGAAAGGGGGCCCCGGGUUUUUUGUGGGGGGGGAAAAAGAAAAAGGGGUUUUCCAAAAACCAGCCUUUUCGGCCCAAGGGCGGGGGGAACUUUAAAGGUCGACCUUAAAAAAAGCCUUGUUGUGAAAAUUUAAAAAUGACAAAAAAAGGGGCUUUUUACUUUUUGGGGGGUUUGGGUCCAUUUGGGAAAGAAAACGGGGAAAAAACCCCUUUUACCCUUUUUUUCCCCUUUCCCGGCGGGGGGGGGGGCCUUGCUUUCGAGGGAAACUCACGAAGGGGGGAAAUUAUGAAAGGGGGGGGGCUGCCCCCCCCUGCUGCACACCCCAAAAGGGAAAGGGGCCCGGGGGUUUUGGGAAGGUUUGGGGGGGGGGCAGUGAAGAAGGUCGGGUUAAAAAGGUUUCUCACUUGCAAGAAGCCCAAUAGGCCGGCUGUGCCCCGAAGUGAUUUAGCACUCUUUCCCCAGGAAAAGCCCAUUAAAAAGCGGAAAACCCCUUCGAGUUUUACUACAUUUAACCCCUUUUGGGCCCCCCGAAAUGAAGGGGACGCUGUUAAAAAAAAAGAACCCAAAAAAAAGGCUGGGAGUCGUUUUUAGGGUGCAUGAAAAUUCCCGGGGCCGUCCAUGUGAUCUUCGGACGGAACCAGUCUUUGGAAAAGGGUUUUUUCCCGGCCUACUCCCGGUUCCACCCUUUCUUUUGAGGGGGGGCCUCCCAAAAAAAGCUUGGUUUAGACAGGGGGCCCCAAAAAUUUUUGUGGGGGGCCAGGCCUGGUUUUGAGGAGGCUAAACAAAAAAACCCGGCCGGUUUUGGCAGAAAACCCCUUUUGCCAAAGGGGAAACACCCUUAAGGGACCCCAAGGGUUGGGCCAGGGGUAAAAAGGACAGGGGCCAAAGGGACUUUCAUUUCCGAGAAAAUCCCCCCACCCCAGGAAGGAGCAGCGUCAAAAUCCCUUUUUAAAAAAAGCUCUUAAAAAAGGUUUUUGGCCCGAAAAAAAACUGGGUUUUCAAACCUGGGGGGAGUUUUUUAGAAACCCUUUUUAAUUGGGAGGGCCAAACUUUACUUACAAAAGAGGACCCCUCGACCCAGGGUUUCCCCGGAACAAGAGGGGCUUUGGGGAGUCUUUCCCCCCAAAAUCAACCCAUCCUGGGGGGGCCCCGGGACAGGGAGGGGGAAAAUAAAACGGAAAAACGACCCCAAAAAAAACCCCCCCUUGGCGGGAGAAUUGGGGGGUUUUUUCCCGGGGAAGGGGGGGCAGGGUUUUGGAAGAAAUUUGGGGAGAAAAUGGGCCCCCGGGGCCCAAAAUUUUUUAAACGACCCCAAGUGGGGACCGGGAGGCAAAAGAAAAAAUUCAAGGUUGGGACGUUUGUUUUGGAUUGCCGGGGGCCAGAACGCUCUAAGGGGGAAGUUCCGGCUCGGCCGGGUUGCUACAACAUAUCCAGACGAGAAGGGGGUUGUCCGGGAUGCGGACAUAACAACCUGUAUGGGUCUUCCUGCUCCCCAUGGUUCCCAGGGCCCGGAGAAAGGACUCUACCAUGCACACGACAAUCAUCAUUCACAGGGAUGUGCGGAGGUUGGUGAUCUUGAUUCCUGCUGAAGACCAAGAGGAGGUAAGAUAAGUUCUCGCCAUGGGUACCCAAAGACUGUGACUCUGUGUUCUUUGCUUAGCUAGCGGGUAACCCUGGGAGGCAACUGAGUGCUUCAAGGGCAAACCUACACUCAGUAGGAGGAAAGGUGGUGGAGCCUACCUCCUUAGUUAAUACAUAUUUGUUUGUAAAUGCCUACAAAGACUGGACUUUAGUUUGAAAUUCUCACUGAGGGACUCAAGAGACUGUGCCCUCCUUGGAUCUUCGAUCAGUCGGCCAAGUGGGAGGUGUUGAGACUUCUAGCUCACUCAGGAAAAAAAAAUAUAUAUAUAUAUAUAUAUAUACAGUGGGGAAAAAAAGUAUUUAGUCAGCCACCAAUUGUGCAAGUUCUCCCACUUAAAAAGAUGAGAGAGGCCUGUAAUUUUCAUCAUAGGUACACGUCAACUAUGACAGACAAAUUGAGAAAAAGAAUUCCAGAAAAUCACAUUGUAGGAUUUUUAAUGAAUUUAUUUGCAAAUUAUGGUGGAAAAUAAGUAUUUGGUCACCUACAAACAAGCAAGAUUUCUGGCUCUCACAGACCUGUAACUUCUUCUUUAAGAGGCUCCUCUGUCCUCCACUCGUUUCCUGUAUUAAUGGCACCUGUUUGAACUUGUUAUCAGUAUAAAAUACACCUGUCCACAACCUCAAACAGUCACACUCGAAACUCCACUAAAGCCAAGACCAAAGAGCUGUCAAAGGACACCAGAAACAAAAUUGUAGACCUGCACCAGGCUGGGAAGACUGAAUCUGCAAUAGGUAAGCAGCUUGGUUUGAAGAAAUCAACUGUGGGAGCAAUUAUUAGGAAAUGGAAGACAUACAAGACCACUGAUAAUCUCCCUCGAUCUGGGGCUCCACGCAAGAUCUCACCCUGUGGGGUCAAAAUGAUCACAAGAACGGUGAGCAAAAAUCCCAGAACCACACGGGGGGGACCAAGUGAAUGACCUGCAGAGAGCUGGGACCAAAGUAACAAAGCCUACCAUCAGUAACACACUACGCCGCCAGGGACUCAAAUCCUGCAGUGCCAGACGUGUCCCCCUGCUUAAGCCAGUACAUGUCCAGGCCCGUCUGAAGUUUGCUAGAGUGCAUUUGGAUGAUCCAGAAGAGGAUUGGGAGAAUGUCAUAUGGUCAGAUGAAACCAAAAUAGAACUUUUUGGUAAAAACUCAACUUGUCGUGUUUGGAGGACAAAGAAUGCUGAGUUGCAUCCAAAGAACACCAUACCUACUGUGAAGCAUGGGGGUGGAAACAUCAUGCUUUGGGGCUGUUUUUCUGCAAAGGGACCAGGACGACUGAUCCGUGUAAAGGAAAGAAUGAAUGGGGCCAUGUAUCGUGAGAUUUUGAGUGAAAACCUCCUUCCAUCAGCAAGGGCAUUGAAGAUGAAACGUGGCUGGGUCUUUCAGCAUGACAAUGAUCCCAAACACCGCCCGGGCAACGAAGGAGUGGCUUCGUAAGACGCAUUUCAAGGUCCUGGAGUGGCCUAGCCAGUCUCCAGAUCUCAACCCCAUAGAAAAUCUUUGGAAGGAGUUGAAAGUCCGUGUUGCCCAGCGACAGCCCCAAAACAUCACUGCUCUAGAGGAGAUCUGCAUGUAGGAAUUGGCCAAAAUACCAGCAACAGUGUGUGAAAACCUUGUGAAGACUUACAGAAAACGUUUGACCUGUGUCAUUGCCAACAAAGGGUAUAUAACAAAGUAUUGAGAAACUUUUGUUAUUGACCAAAUACUUAUUUUCCACCAUAAUUUGCAAAUAAAUUCAUAAAAAAUCCUACAAUGUGAUUUUCUUGAUUUUCUUUUCUCAUUUUGUCUGUCAUAGUUGACCUGGACCUAUGAUGAAAAUUACAGGCCUCUCUCAUCUUUUUAAGUGGGAGAACUUGCACAAUUGGUGGCUGACUAAAUACUUUUUUUCCCCACUGUAUAUAUAUAUAUAUAAAUAGAUAAAAGAGAAGUAAAUGGGUCUGAUGUGUUCAAUUAAAUGGGGAACGAGCGAUUUCUUUAAGUUUCUUAGAUGCUCGGAUAUGUUACGUUAUGUGCGCAUGCGCAGCUUGACUAGAGACUUAAAUUAUGGCACCUGGUAAUCAUUUCAAGACAGACAAUCAUCAGGAGCACACAGCCCGUUGGUAUGUAACUGCGAACUACUCACAGUCUAGCAUUAAUGUUUAAGUCACUUAUAUGUUUGAGCACUGAACGUUUACCUCACUGUGUCGGUGUUAGUUGGCCGAGAGUAACUUGUAGCUCGCUGGGUGCGGUAGCUCAGCGACCCAGAUGCUGUAUAGCAUUAGGCUAUCAUUAUCAGCCAUUUGCGUUGUGCUGAUUGUUCGGAGCACUCUGCUGGUUUCUGGUGGCGGUGGUGAUAGCGGUGGUUUGGUUCGGUGAUCCAUGGUGGAGCGCCGCGUUGUGUUGCGUUUGUGCGUGUGUGGGUCCUACGGACGAGGCAUGUGGUGGCAUGGGUUCUGUGUCCUGUGGCAGCGUCCGUGGCAACGGCGGAGUCGCUGUGCGCAUGCUCCUCUGGCGCUAGGCAUUCUGGGUGAUGUAGUCAAUGCUGUUUUAAGCCAGAUUUGCCACAUUUUUGAUGGUGUUGUAGGCUUAUUUGAUAUAUUAUAUAUUUGAAUAAUAUAUUGUCAUUAUUUGUUUGUUGUAAUUCAGUUUUAUGACCUGUGGUCAUAUGAUUUAAAAUAAAAUUAAGGACAAAACACGAGUCAUGACAUUGUGUGCUUCCUGGUGAGCCUUUUCGGAGGGCUAAAUAACGGAAAAUCCGAACAAUCAUCAAAUACUGUUGUUAUAUAUUUUCACCAUAUCACCCAUCUCAAUCACUCACUCAUAAAGAAUACUGUACACAAUAUCUCUCUCUCUCUCUCUCUCUCUCUCUCGCUCUCGCUCUCGCUCUCGCUCUAUCUAUCUCUCUCUCUCUGAGUGUUGUGUGAGUGGGUGGUCGUCCAGGGCUGGAGGGCUGGAGAGGCUGAGGGGCUUGGCCUUGUAGACCACACAUGGUGCACUCUGCUGGGAUAGAGUGGGCUGAGAGGCCUGCCUGUCCACGGCUUCACUCUUAGUCUGGAUGAGUGGAGAGGUUGAGUAGAGAGGCUGGCAGGGUUAGGGGAAAGCACUUCAGUUUAGUGUGUGUGUGUGUGAUACCUACAUAGUGUGUGUGUGUGUGCAUGUGUGUGUGUGUCCUCCACCUCACACGAACGCACACACACACGAAUGCACACACACACACACACACACACACAAACACACACUGCUGCCGUGGAUACUGAGGACCUGAUCUAGUUUCCAUGGCUACUGCAUGGACAAAGAAAGGGGUCGGCGGGCGACAGGCACCCUCCCCUGGAGAGAGAAAUAGGGAGGGAGGGAGGGAUAAAGGGGGUAUGGAACAUGAGCUCAUGGGCUCCUGAGUUCUUCUGAAAAAAAUAGAAUCAUAGUUGGAUAAAUGUAGAUAUACUAGGAUUUUUUUUCCGCAAGGACUUAUGUAGGAUACUACCCUCUAAAUCUCCAAUCCAAAUCAAAAUUCCAUACCUAAAACCUUGAUUUUUGACAGAAUUACCUGAAUGGAUCCUUACUACCAAUGACUAUCAAGAAAAAAACCUAAACCUGCAGAAGAAACAUAGCAGAACAUGGUAAUACCAUCCAACACAAAACUGAGUGAGUAAUAAUGUAGCUCAGUUGGUAGAGCAUGGCAUUUGCAACGCCAGGGUUGUGGGUUUGAUUCCCACGGGGGGCCAGUAUGAAAAAAUAUAAUAAUGUAUGCACUCACUAACUGUAAGUCGCUCUGGAUAAGAGCGUCUGCUAAAUGACUAAAAUGUAAAUGUAAAUGUAAUGUUCAGUCUGAAUAUACUUCUGAAGCCAAAAGUUGAAAGACAAUAAUCUCUAGGUGAUUGUGUUAUAUAAAGCUUAAUAAAUAAGGCUACUAAGCUACCAAGCUGCUAGGACAGAACAGACCUGGCUGCAACUUCAAUUAUCACUGACGUUUGAAUUGAGAGGUGUAAAAACUCUAACAAUGGCAGCAGAGUUUCACAGCCUCCCCCACCCAAAUGCAGAGGCCUUUGAAGCCCCCUUGCGCCAUGGCGUAUCCCUGGGCAGAUGUCAUCACAGUACAGCACCUCUUGGAUAUUCAAAAUAACACUGAAUGGAAUAAGUACAAAAAUAAGCUCCUCAAGGACAAUCCAGAGGCACUAUUUGCAGACUGCUACAAAGAGGGUGUCACGGUUUCGGCCGAGGCUGCUCCUCCUCCUUGUUCGGGCAGGCUUCGGCGGUCGUCGUCCCCGGAGUACUAGCUACCACCAUUCGAUGUUUCAUGUUUGUUUGGUUUUGUCUGUUUGUACACCUGUCCCUUGUUAGUGUUUGAUUUUGUUUCCUAUUUAGUUAUCGUGUGUUGGGUCAGGUGUUAUGUGUGAUUGUUAUGUCAGCUGUUAGCUGUUGGUGGGUUUUCCUCUCAUGUUGUUUGUUUUUUGAGAGUCCGCACUGCGUGCGCGUUUCUACUAUUUUACGCACUGUUGUGUGUGUGCGUAAUUGUUCAUGCCUCCCGGUUGGGUUGGCCAGUUACCUGUUUGGAGUUAUAUUUUGGAUCACUAAAGUCUGUUGACGAACGCCCUUGUUCCUGCGCUUGAUUUCUCGCACCACAUCCACACUCAGCAUUCUUGACAGAAUCACACAUCACACCAUGGAAUCAGCAGGAGCAACCGCGCCAACGGACAUCAUGGAGGACCGUCUUCGUGGGCAGGAGGACAGGAUCAACCAGAUCGGUCACGCCCUGGAUCGGGUGAUGAACAAUCUCCACCGAUGGGAAAGCAGCGGGGUACCCACGCCCCCACCUACCGGACCAUCCCCAUCGGUCAGUCCUCCUGUUCCCCUUCCGGAACCCAGCGGGAUUCGGCUCUCGCUCCCGUGGGCGUACGACGGCUCCGCUGCCGGGUGUCAAGGGUUCCUCCUGCAAGUGGAGCUCUACCUCGCCACCGUACACCUGGCGCCCUCGGGACACGAGAGCGUCUCCGCCCUCAUCUCCUGUCUUACCGGCAAGGCGUUGGAGUGGGCCAACGCCGAAUGGAGGAGAAUAGACGCCGCUACUGUUACCUAUGCGGAGUUCUCCCGCCGCUUCCGUGCCGUGUUUGACCAUCCACCAGAAGGGAAGGCGGCGGGGGAGCGUCUGUUCUACCUCCGACAGGGGAUGAGGAGCACACAGGAUUUUGCUUUGGAGUUCCGGACUCUAGCGGCAGAUGCAGGGUGGAAUGAGCGGGCCCUCAUAGACCACUUCCGCUGUAGCCUCCGGGAGGACGUCCAGAGAGAGUUGGCGUGCAGGGAUACCACGUUGUCGUUUGACCAACUGGUCGACAUGGCCAUUCGGCUGGACACCCUGCUCGCCACCCGUGGACGUCCCGGGUGGGGGUUGCCCAUUCCACCCUCGGGCACCUCCGAGUCGAGCCCUAUGGAGCUCGGAGGUGCUGGCGCUAGAGAACGGAGGAGUAGGAACCCGAGGGGGGCCGUUCCCUGCACCAACUGUGGCCGUGGAGGGCACACCGCGGCUAGGUGUUGGGGAGGGUCCCCCGGUGGAGGUGAAGGCAGGCCACGCAUUGGGGAGUCCUCCCAGGUGAGUAGGCGCCCUACUUACCCAGAGCUUUCUGUCAUUCACAUAACCUUGCCUGUUUGUUUUCCACAGGUUGCACCUCGUUCCCAGCAUAAGGCGCUAGUAGAUUCAGGCGCAGCUGGGAAUUUUGUAGAUCGCCAGUUCUGUGUAGAGUUAGGGAUUCCUCUCCUUCCCGUUGAUAAGCCUUUCCCUGUACAUGCCCUAGAUAGCCGUCCGUUAGGAUCUGGGUUAAUUAGGGUGGUCACAGCGCCCCUUAGGAUGAAGACGCAGGGGGGUCAUGAGGAGACGAUUCAGCUCUAUCUGAUUGACUCUCCUGCGUAUCCGGUGGUGCUGGGACUUCCCUGGUUGAUUACCCAUGAUCCUACUAUUUCGUGGCGAGAGAAAGCUCUUAAAGGGUGGUCUGUUCAGUGUGAGGGGCUAUGUCUGGGUGUUUUCAUAGGGGCGACCUCGGUGGAGAGUCCAAAUCAAAUGCCCGCACUGCAUAUUCCCCCCGAGUAUGAGGAUUUGACACUGGUUUUUAGUAAGACAAGGGCGGCGCAGCUGCCGCCUCAUAGACAGGGGGAUUGUGCGAUAGAUCUCCAGUUAGGAGCAGCACUCCCGCGGAGCCAUGUGUAUCCCUUGUCUCAAGAGGAGAGGAAGGCGAUGGAAACUUACAUCGCCGAGUCUCUGAGACAGGGAUACACCCGCCUCCUCGAGCUUCUUUUUUGUGAAGAAAAAAGAUGGAAGUUUGCGCCCGUGUAUUGAUUACCGCGGUCUCAAUCAGAUUACGGUGAAGUACAGCUAUCCACUUCCUCUGAUUGCGACUAUGACGGAGUCAUUACACGGUGCUCAGUUCUUCACAAAAUUGGAUCUCAGGAGCGCAUAUAACUUGGUGCGCAUUAGAGAGGGCGAUGAAUGGAAGACAGCAUUUAGCACGACCUCCGGUCAUUACGAGUAUCUCGUCAUGCCAUAUGGGUUAAUGAAUGCUCCCUCAGUCUUCCAAUCCUUUGUAGAUGAGAUUUUCCGGGACAUGCAGGGGCAGGGAGUAGUCGUGUACAUAGACGAUAUUCUGGUGUACAGUUCUACCCGAGCUGAGCAUGUAGCCCUGGUGCGCCGAGUAUUGAGGAGGCUGUUGGAGCAUGACCUAUAUGUCAAGGCAGAGAAAUGUCUGUUCUUUCAGGAGUCGGUCUCCUUUUUGGGGUAUCAGUUGUCUGCGUCAGGGGUGAAGAUGGAGGUUGACCGGGUGUCAGCUGUGCGUAAUUGGCAAACCCCAACCACUGUGAAAGAGGUGCAACAGUUCUUGGGUUUUGCGAAUUACUACCGGAGGUUUAUCCGGGGUUUUGGACAGGUGGCAGCUCCCAUAACGUCCCUGUUGAAGGGGGGUCCGGUGCGCUUACGGUGGUCAGCUGAGGCGGACAGGGCUUUUGGGAGACUGAAGGACCUGUUUACCUCGGCGCCGGUGCUGGCGCAUCCGGAUCCCGCUUUACCAUUCCAGGUAGAGGUAGACGCGUCUGAAGCCGGUAUCGGGGCCGUUCUCUCACAACGGUCUGGCACACCACCUAAACUCCGCCCCCUGUGCUUUUUAUUCUAAGAAGCUCAGUCCGGCGGAGCGGAAUUAUGACGUAGGGGACAGGGAGCUGUUAGCCGUGGUACAAGCCCUAAAGGUGUGGAGGCAUUGGUUUGAGGGGGCUCAACACCCUUUCCUCAUUUUGACCGACCACCGUAACCUGGAAUACAUCCGGGCAGCUAGGAGACUGAAUCCUCGCCAGGCUCGCUGGACUAUGUUUCUAGCCCGGUUUGUAUUUAAAAUCACUUACAUCCCUGGGUCCCAGAACGGGAAGGCAGAUGCCCUGUCUCGGCGGUAUGACACGGAGGAGAGGUCCGUUGAGCCCACUCCCAUACUACCAAAGUCUUGUCUGGUGGCACCGGUGGUAUGGAGGUCGAUGCAGAGAUCGAGCGGGCGUUACGCACCGACCCAAGUCCUCCACAGUGUCCAGUGGGUCGGGCGUACGUUCCGCUCGAGGUGCGCGAUCGCCUCAUUUAUUGGGCUCAUACGUCCCCCUCCUCUGGACAUCCAGGUAUCGGCCGGACAGUUCACUGCCUUAGCACUAAGUACUGGUGGCCAACGUUAGCCAGGGAUGUGAGGGUUUAUGUCUCCUCCUGUUCGGUGUGUGCCCAGUGUAAGGCGCCCAGACAUUUGCCGAGGGGUAAGCUACAACCCCUGCCCGUUCCGCAACGACCCUGGUCCCACCUCUCAGUGGACUUUGUUACAGACCUUCCCCCCUCACAGGGGAAUACUACCAUCCUGGUCGUUGUGGAUCGGUUCUCGAAGGCCUGUCGUCUCCUUCCCAUGCCGGGUCUCCCUACUGCCCUACAGACCGCUGAGGCUCUGUUUACCCAUGUCUUCCGGCAUUACGGGGUACCCGAGGAUAUAGUGUCUGAUCGAGGCCCCCAGUUCACCUCCAGAGUGUGGAGAGCCUUUAUGGAACGGUUGGGGGUUUCGGUGAGCCUUACCUCGGGUUACCACCCGGAGAGUAAUGGGCAGGUUGAACGUGUCAACCAGGAUGUGGGUAGGUUUCUGAGGUCAUAUUGCCAGGGCCGGCCGGAGGAGUGGGCGAGAUAUGUUCCCUGGGCCGAAAUGGCACAAAACUCUCUCCGCCACUCCUCCACCAAACUAACCCCUUUCCAGUGUGUGUUAGGGUACCAGCCGGUUCUGGCACCUUGGCAUGAGAGCCAGAUCGAGGCCCCUGCGGUGGAUGAGUGGGUGCGGCGCUCGGAGGAGACGUGGAACGCUGCCCACGUUCAUCUGCAGCGGGCCAUCCGUCGACAUAAGACGAGCGCCGAUCUCCACCGCAGUGAGGGGCCUGUGUACGCACCUGGAGAUCGAGUCUGGCUCUCGACCAGAAACCUGCCCCUCCGCCUACCCUGCCGGAAGCUGGGUCGGCGGUUUGUGGGGCUGUUCAAAGUCCUGAGGAGGUUGAACGAGGUGUGUUACAGCUUAGAACUGCCCAUUGAUUACAAGAAUAUUAACCCCUCGUUCCAUGUGUCUCUCCUCAGGCCGGUGGUAGCUGGUCCACUCCAGGACUAUGAGAUAGAGGAGACUCCUCCGCCCCCGUUGGACAUCGAGGGGGCUCCGGCGUACACCGUUAGGUCCAUCCUUGAUUCGAGACGCCGGAUGGGGGGUCUCCAAUAUCUCGUGGAGUGGGAGGGGUACGGCCCGGAGGAGCGGUGCUGGGUGCCGAGGAGGGACAUAUUAGACCUGUCUCUUCUGACCGAGUUCCAUCGGGGUCAUCCUACGCGCCCUGCUCCGCGUCUUCCUGGUCGUCCCCGAGGCCGGGGUCGGCGCACGGCUGGAGCCGCGCGUCAAGGGGGGGGGUACUGUCACGGUUUCGGCCGAGGCUGCUCCUCCUCCUUGUUCGGGCAGGCUUCGGCGGUCGUCGUCCCCGGAGUACUAGCUACCACCGUUCGAUGUUUCAUGUUUGUUUGGUUUUGUCUGUUUGUACACCUGUCCCUUGUUAGUGUUUGAUUUUGUUUCCUAUUUAGUUAUCGUGUGUUGGGUCAGGUGUUAUGUGUGAUUGUUAUGUCAGCUGUUAGCUGUUGGUGGGUUUUCCUCUCAUGUUGUUUGUUUUUUGAGAGUCCGCACUGCGUGCGCGUUUCUACUAUUUUACGCACUGUUGUGUGUGUGCGUAAUUGUUCAUGCCUCCCGGUUGGGUUGGCCAGUUACCUGUUUGGAGUUAUAUUUUGGAUCACUAAAGUCUGUUGACGAACGCCCUUGUUCCUGCGCUUGAUUUCUCGCACCACAUCCACACUCAGCAUUCUUGACAGAGGGGAACAUCAUCAACUUCAUUUUCCACACAGACCAUCCCCUGGCAUGGCACAGUGCUAUAAGAGCACACUGCUAUAAGAGCCCUCUGUCAAGAGACAGGGUAUUGGCCCGGGGUGGAAACUCAGAAUACUAGACAUUGAGGAAAUUGAAACAACCUCUGUCAACGUGUACCAAGUCUGGGACAGUCAUGGUGCAGGGCAUCCUCAUGCAGUUCCAGCAGGACUUUUACUGGAUCAAAGAGAGAGCACAGCAGGAAAAGCUCUCUCUCUCUGUGACGACUCCCCCAUCCUGAGUGAGUCUGAUCACACCUCUUCAAACUGUCCUGCAGACGAGGAUAGUCCCCCCCCCCCCCCCCCCCCCCCCCCCCCCCAAGCACUGAACACACCCAGGUCCCACAACUGCACUGCUCCUCCAUCAUUGAGAGGGAUUAAUUCACCGAGCUGGAGAGAGACAUGGUGGAGCUCAGAGAGCUGGUCCACACAAUCCAGGAAAACACACCCACAAAACAGACCAGCACAACAACACCCCCCCUACAGUACCCAGAGGGCUGAAACAGACCAGCACAACACCACCCCCCCUACAGCACCCAGAGGGCUGAAACAGACCAGCACAACAACACCCCCCCCAAUUAGACCCGGAGGGCUGAAGGUGGAGAUGGACGGCUGUCUGAGGGAGCUGGCUGCACUCCGGACUGAGGUGAGAGAACUUUAGGAGGAGGGAGAGGAACACAUGGCACAGCUAACAGCAGUGAAGGAGGAGGGAGAGGAACACAUGGCACAGCUAACAGCAGUGAAGGAGGAGGGAGAGAGACACAUGGCACAGCUAACAGCAGUGAAGGAGGAGGGAGAGGAACACAUGGCACAGCUAACAGCAGUGAAGGAGGAGGGAGAGGAACACAUGGCACAGCUAACAAUCCACUGAGGACACACAAAAGCCAGAAAUAGAGGAGGGAGAGGUAGCUUAGUGGGUAAGAGCGUUGUGCCAGUAACCAAAGGUCGCUGGUUCUAAUCCCCGAGCCGACAAGGUGAAAAAUCUGUCGAUGUGCCCUUGGGCAAGGCACUUAACCCUAAUUGCUCCUGUAAGUCGCUCUGGAUAAGAGCGUCUGCUAAAUGACUAAAAAUGUAAAAUGUAAAAAAAAUGGUGCUCUUCAUUGACUCAAAUUGCAAAUACAUUCAAGAGAAUACACUUAUUCCCAAACACAAAAUGGCUAAACUCUGGUGCCUUAGGCAUGCCCUAGAGCUAUUGUCAGAGGACAGACGAGGGUACCCCAGCCACAUUAUAAUUCACACGGGCACAAACAACCUGAGGGCCCAGCAGGAAAGGGUGGCCAAAGCACUCAAGGGAGUGAUUGAAAAAGCUUCUUCCACUUUCCCCAACGCACAAGUGGUAAUCUCCACCCUGCUACCACGAAAAGACAUUCACCUUGCCACCAUACAGCGGGUGAAUGCAAGCACUUCCCGGGAUCAGACCUAUGCCCAUUCUGCCCCCCCCCCCCCCCACCCCUGCAGCAAGGACCUCAACAUGACAGCAGGACAUAUGCCCAGGCCAUGAGCAGAGCAACAGACCCAACCCCCACUAAUACGCCCCAUCCUGCGACCUGAGAGGAAUGUAUCAGAUGCUCAACAUGCUCUGCUCCCACCUACCACACGAAAACAACACUAGACACUUUAUGGAACACAAAGCUUUUACAAUGUCAUCCUGGAAUAUCCAAGGCCUGAGGUCAUCUGCCUUUGGCCUAAAGAGCAGGAACCCAGACUUCAUCAAAGAAAUUGAAAAUACAGACAUUGUCAUCCUACAAGAAACAUGGUAUAGAGGAGACGGACCCACUGGUUGCCCUCUAGGUUACAGAGAGCUGGUAGUCCCAUCCACCAAACUGCCUGGUGCUUAGUCCCCUCCUGUACUCCCUGUUCACCCCACGACUGAGUGGCGAAACACGACUCCAACACCAUCAUUAAGUUUGCUGAUGACAGUGGCAGGACUGAUCACCGACAACGAUGAGACAGCUUAUAGGGAGGAGGUCAGAGACCUGGCAGUGUGGUGCCAGGACAACAACCUCUCCCUCAAUGUGAGAAAGACACAGGAUUAACAUCGACGGGCCUGUAGUGGAGCAGGUUGAGAGCGUGAAGUUCCUUGGUGUCUACAUCACCAACAAACUAUCAUGGUCCAAACACACCAAGACAGUCGUGAAGAGGGCACGACAACACCUUUUCCCCCUCUGGACACUGAAAAGAAUUGGCAUGGGUCCCGAGAUCCUCAAAAAGUUCUACAGCUGCACCAUCGAGAGCAUCCUGACCGGUUGCAUCAUCGCCUGGUAUGGCAACUGCUCGGCAUCUGACUGUAAGGCACUACAGAGGGUAGUGCGUACGGCCCAGUACAUCAUUAGGGCCAAGGUUCCUGCCAUCCAGGACCUAUAUACUAGGCAGUGUCAGAGGAAAGCCCAAAAAAUUGUCAAAGACUCCAGUCACCCAAGUCAUAGACUGUUCUCUCUGCUACCGCACGGCAAUUGGUACCGGAGUGCCAAGUCUACGACCAAAAGGCUCCUUAACAGCUUCCACCCCCAAAGCCAUAAAACUGCUGAACAAUUAAUGAAAUGGCCACCCGGACAAUUUACAUUGACCCCCCCCCCACUCCCCCCCUUUGUUUUUACACUGCUGCUACUCGCUGUCUAUUAUCUAUGCAUAGUCACUUUACCCCUACCUACAUUACCUCGACUAACCUGUAUCCCCGCACAUUGACUCGGUACCGGUACCCCCUGUAUAUAGCCUCGUUUUUGUUAUUUUAUUGUGUUAUAUUUUCUUAACUCUUUCUUGAACUGCAUUGUUGGUUAAGGGCUUCUAAGUAAGCAUUUCGCGGGUAAAUAAUAAAUAAUAAUAAUAAUAUGCCAUUUAGCAGACGCUUUUAUCCAAAGCGACUUACAGUCAUGCGUGCAUACAUUUUUUUUUUUUUUUUUUUUUGUGCAUGGGUGGUCCCGGGGAUUGAACCCACUACCUUGGCGUUACAAGCGCCGUGCUCUACCAGCUGAGCUGUGACAUGUGACAAAUAAAGUUUGAUUUGAAACAGGGAAGAGACUCAGGGGGUAUUCUAAUUUGGUAUAGAGCAGACCUAACCCACUCUAUUAGAUUAAUCAAAACAGGAACUUUUUACAUCUGGCUAGAAAUUAAUAAGGAAAUUAUCUCAACAGUGAAAAAUGUCCUCCUGUGUGCUACCUAUAUCCCCCAAAUAGAAUCCCCAUACUUUAACGAUGACAGCUUCUCCAUCCUAGAGGGGGAGCUCAACCAUUUCCAGGCCCAGGGACAUGUACUAGUCUGUGGCGACCUAAAUGCCAGAACUGGAAAAGAAACCUGACAUUCUCAGCACACAUCGGGACAAACACCUACCUGGAGGUGACAUUAUUCACUCCCAAAUAUGCCCCCCUAGACACAACUAUGACAAAACAAACAACAAAAAUGGGUCACAAGUCCUGCAACUCUGUCGCACGCUGAGUCUGUACAUAGUCAAUGGUAGGCUUCGAGGAGACUCCUAUGGUAGGUACACCUACAGCUCAUCCCUUUGCAGUAGUACUGAAGAUUACUUUAUCACUGACCUCAACCCAGCGUCUCUCAGAGCGUUCACUAACACCCCUAUGCAAUCACAGCAAAAUCACAGUCUACCUGAACAGAGCAAUACUCAAUCAUGAGGCAUCAAAGCCAAACGAACUGCACAAUAUUAAGAAAUGCUGUAGAUGGAAGGAAAGUAGCGUAGAAACCUACCAAAAAACAAUUUUUUAGACAACUUCCUGGGCAAAACAUUACACUGUAAUAGUAAAGGUAUAAACUUGGCAGUAGAAAACCUAAACAGUAUAUUUGACCUCUCAGCUUCCCUAUCAUAUCUAAACAUGUCAAACAGACAACCUAAGAAAAGUAACAACAGUGACAAAUGGUUUGAUGAAGAAUGCAAAAACCUAAGAAUUUUUUUAGAAACCUAUCCAACCAAAAACAUAGAGACCCAGAAAACCUGAGCCUACACCUUACUUUUUAGUAAUUUAGCAGAAGCUCUUAUCCAGAGCGACUUACAGGAGCAAUUAGGGUUAAGUGCCUUGCUAAAGGGCACAUCGACAGAUUUUUCACCUAGUCGGCUCGGGGAUUAGAACCAGCGACCUUUCAGUUACUGGCACAACACUCUUAACCACUAAGCUACCUGCCGCCCCACUAUGGUGAAUCACUAAAACAAUACAGAAAAUCACUACGGAAAAAGAAGGAACAGCACGUCAGAAAUCAGCUCAAAGUAAUUGAAGAAUCCAUAGAAUCUAACCACUUCUGGGAAAAUUGGAACACUAAACAAACAACAACACGAAGAGCUAUCUAUCCAAAACAGAGAUGUAUUGGUAAACCACUUCUCCAAUCUUUUUGGCCCUAUAACAAAGAACAAACAGCAAAAAAAUAUACAUGAUCAAAUGCAAAUCUUAGAAACAACUAUUAAAGACUACCAGAACCCACUGGAUUCUCCAAUUACAUUGAAUGAACUACAGGAUAAAAUACAAACCUUCCAACCCAAAAAGGCAUGUGAUUUAAUGGUGUCCUACAUGAAAUGAUAAAAUAUACAGACCACAAAUUCCAAUUGGCUAUACUUAAACUCUUUAACGUCAUCCUCAGCUCUGGCAUCUUCCCCAAUAUUUGGAACCAAGGACUGAUCACCCCAAUCCACAAAAGUGGAGACAAAUUUGACCCAAAUAACUACCGUGGGAUAUGCGUCAACAGCAAUCUUGGGAAAAUCCUCUGCAUUAUCAUUAACAGCAGACUUGUACAUUUCCUCAGUGAAAACAAUGUACUGAGCAAAUGUCAAUUGGCUUUUUACCAAAUUACACCACGUAUUCACCCUGCACACCCCAAUUGACAAACAAACAAACCAAAACAAAGGCAAAGUAUUAUCAUACUUUGUUUACUUUAAAAAAGGCAUGAGGGUCUGCUAUGCAAAUUGAUGGAAAGUGGUGUUGGGGAAAAAGAAAUGCGACAUCAUAAACUCCAUGUACACAAACAACAAGUGUGGAGUUACCGCAUUUGCCAGGACCACAAAUACAAAUUCCAUCUAGACACCGUUUCCCUAGAGCACACAAAUAACUACACUUACCUCGGCCUAAAUAUCACCGCCACAGGUAAUAAACAUCAGCGCCACAGGUAACUUCCACAAAGCUGGGAACGAUCUAAGAGACAAGGCAAGAUGCGCCUUGUAUGCCAUCAAAAGGAACAUAAAAUGUGACAUACCAAUUAGGAUCUGGCUAAAAAUACUUGAAUCAGUUAUAGAACCCAUUGCCUUUUAUGGUUGUGAGGUCUAGGAUCUGCACACCAACCAAUAAUUCACAAAAUGGGACAAACACCAAAUUGAGACUCUGCAUGCAGAAUUCUGCAAAAAAUAUCCUUAGUGUACAACGUAAAACACCAAAUAAUGCAUGCAGAGCAGAAUUAGGCCGAUACCCACUAACUAUCAAAAUCCAGAAAAGAGCCGUUAAAUUCUAUAACCACUUAAAAGGAAGCGAUUCCCAAACCUUCCAUAACAAAGCCAUCACCUACAGAGAGAUGAACUUGGAGAAGAGUCCCCUAAGUAAGCUGGUCCUAUGGCUCUGUUCAAAAACACAAACAGACUCCACAGAGCCCCAGGACAACAACAACAACACAAUUAGACCCAACCAAAUCAUGAGAAAACAAAAAGAGAAUUACUUGACACAUUGGAAAGAAUUAACAAAAGACCAGAGCAAACUAGAAUGCUAUUUGGCCCUAAACAGAUAGUACACAGUGGCAGAAUACCUGACCACUGUGACUGACCCAAACUUAAGGAAAGCUUUGACUAUGUACAGACUCAGUGAGCAUAGCCUUGCUAUUGAGAAUGGCCGCCGUAGGCAGACCUGGCUCUCAAGGGAAGACAGGCUACAGUGGUUGAGAAGAGUCCCCUAAGCAAGCUGGUCCUGGAGCUCUGUUCACAAACACAAACAGACAAAAUGAGGUGUAAACUUAGCUGCACUUCCUAAGCUCCUGCCAAAUGUAUGACCAUUUUAGAGACACAUAUUUCCUUCAGAUUACAGAGAUCCACAAAGAAUUCGAAAACAAACCCAAUUUUGAUCAACUCCCAUAUCUUUGGGUGAAAUACCACAGUGUACCAUCACAGCAGCAAUAUUUGUGACCUAUUGCCACAAGAAAAGGGCAACCAGUGAAGAACAAACACCAUUGUAAAUACAACCCAUAUUUCUGUUUAUUUACUUUACUUUAACUAUUUGCUCAUCGUUAUAACACUGUACAUAGACAUAAUAUGACAUUUGAAUUGGCUCUAUUCCUUUGAAACUUUUGUGAGUGUAAUGUUUACUGUUCAGUUUUGAUUGCUUAUUUCACCUUAGUUUAUCAUCUAUUUCACGUGCUUUGGCAAUGUAAACAUAUGUUUCCCAUGCCAAUAAAGCCCUUUAAAUUGAAUCGAAUUAAGAGAGAGAGAGAGAGAGAGAGAGAGAGACAGAGAGAGAGAGAGAGCGAGAGAGAGAGAGAGAGAGAGAGAGAGAGAGAGAGAGAGAGAGAGAGAGAGAGACAGAGAGAGAGACAGAGAGAGAGAGAGAGAGAGAGAGAGAGAGAGAGAGAGGGAGAUCUGAAGCAUCACCUGUCCUGUAGUCAAACCAUUCUCUCCCUCCACUCCCCCCUCCUCUCCCCCAUUCUCAUUACCACACCUAAUUACCUAAUUAGGGAAGUGUCAAACUACACCCACCACCUCCCCUCCUUCUGUCCCUGCCCCCUCUUCCUCUCUAUCCAUCUCACCUGUUGAAUCAUUGAGUUAGUUUACCCCUUGAGGGGAUUCUCAAUCAGUUUUCAAUCAGGAAGGUGGUUUGUUGUUUAAAUAUUGUGCUAUAUUGGGUUUCACCCCUGCUGAGAAAAAAAACAGCAUAGACCAGCAUAAAUUUCAAGCUGGUCCAUGCUGGUCUAUGCUGGUCAGUGCUGGUUGGAUGCUGGUCUGACUACAAUACGUCUAGUUGGUCACGCUGGUCUGAACAGUAUGGUCUAGCUGGUUAUGUUGGCAGACCAGCCUUCGUAGUGUUUUCGCUGGUGACCAGCCUUCGUUGUGUUUUGGACAAUGGUGACCAGCCUUCAUUUGACAUUUUACAUUUUAGUCAUUUAGCAGACGCUCUUAUCCAGAGAGACUUACAGUUAGUGAGUGCAUACAUUAUACACAUGCCUUCACUGUGUUUUUGCUGGUGAUCAGAAUUCACUGUGUUUUUGCACGGGGUCGACCAGUGAAAACACUAGCACGGUCAUUGUGGUCGAUUGUGCAGCAUCGGGUAACAUUUAUGUUUACACUAUUAUAGUGGGUAACCUUUUGAGGUGUGUUGGACUUAAAAAUCAUACAAUGUGAUUUUCUGGAUUUUUGUUUUAGAUUCCGUCUCUCAGAGUUGACGUGUACCUAUGAUAAAAAGUACAGACCUCUACAUGCUUUGUAAGUAGGAAAACCUGCAAAAUCGGCAGUGUACCAAAUACUUGUUCUCCCCACUGUACAUACAAUUUUAUUGUUUAACAUGCUAGAUAGCACUAUUUGCACCUUUUGCGCUAUUUGUAAGUGAAUAGCCUUUAUUUGUUACAGAUACUAAUUCAUUGAAUAGCAAUAGCUACAGUUGAAGUUGGAAGAUUACAUAUACUUAGGUUGGAGUCAUUAAAACUUGUUUUUCAACCACUCCACAAAUUUCUUGUUAACAAACUAUAGUUUUGGCAAGUCGGUUAGGACAUCUACUUUGUGCAUGACACAAGUAAUGUUUCCCAACAAUUGUUAACAGACAGAUUAUUUCACUUAUAAUGCAUUGUAUCACAAUUCCAGUGGGUCAGAGGUUUACAUACACUAAGUUGACUGUGCCUUUAAACAGCUUGGAAAAUUCCAGAAAAUGAUGUCAUGGCUUUAGAAGCUUCUGAUAGGCUAAUUGACAUAAUUUGAGUCAAUUGGAGAUGUAUCUGUGGAUGUAUUUCAAGGCCUACCUUCAAACACAGUGCCUCUUUGCUUGACAUCAUGGGAAAAUCAAAAUAAAUCAGCCAAGACCUCAGAAAACAAUUGUAGACCUCCACAAGUCUGGUUCAUCCUUGGGAGCAAUUUCCAAACGCCUGAAGGUACCAUGUUCAUCUGUACAAACAAUAGUACGCAAGUAUAAACACCAUGGGACCACGCAGACAUCAUACCGCUCAGGAAGGAGACACGUUCUAUCUCCUAGAGAUGAACGUACUUUGGUGCGAAAAGUGCAAAUUAAUCCCAGAACAACAGCAAAGGACCUUGUGAAGAUGCUGGAGGAAACAGGUACAAAAGUAUCUAUAUCCACAGUAAAACGAGUCCUAUAUCGACAUAACCUGAAAGGCUGCUCAGCAAGGAAGAAGCCACUGCUCCAAACCGCCAUAAAAAAGCCAGACUACGGUUUGCAACUGCACAUUGGGACAAAGAUUGUCAUUUUUGGAGAAAUGUCCUCUGGUCUGAUGAAACAGAAAUAGAACUGUUUGGCCAUAAUGACCAUCGUUAUGUUUGGAGGAAAAAGGGGGUCGCUUGCAAGCCGAAGAACACCAUCCCAACCGUGAAGCACGGGGGUGGCAGAAUCAUGCUGAGGGUGCUUUGCUGCAGGAGGGACUGGUGCACUUCACAAAAUAGAUGGCAUCAUCAUGAGGAAGGACAAUUAUGUGGAUAUAUUGAAGCAACAUCUCAAGACAUCAGUCAGGAAGUUAAAGCUUGGUCGCAAAAUUGGUCUUCCAAAUUGACAAUGACCCCAAGCAUACUUCCAAAGUUGUAGCAAAAUGGCUUAAGGACAACAAAGUCAAGGUAUUGGAGUGGCCAUCACAAAGCCCUGACCACAAUCAUAUAGAAUAACUUAUUCUUAUUGUGGGAAGCUUGUGGAAGGCUGGUCACCAGCGAAAACACAACAAAGGCUGGUCACCAGCGAAAACACAACAAAGGCUGGUCACCAGCGAAAACACAACAAAGGCUGGUCACCAGCGAAAACACAACAAAGGCUGGUUCUAUAUCGUGGAGCUCCGCCCCAUAGGGGAGCUCUGCUCCUAGUGGUUUACCCUCUGCCCUAAGGCAGCAUCAGCCUGAGACAAAAUUAUGCACACACCUGCAGCCAAUAGGAGUACAGGUGUCCCUAUAAGAGGGGAUGCCUCCCCUCAAUCUGCCUCCCUUUAUCUUCAGCGACUGGACUAGACUGAAGAAGCCAAGAAGAGACGAAGAGAAGACUCAGGACGAAGAAAACGCCGUCGAUUUUCCAGAUCAUCGACGUCGUCCUACAAUGAGCACACCAAGCUUAUCCAUAGGGUAAGUAUUUAACAAAAGCUCUUUUCAGAGCUCAAUGUCGCUGUUCCCCUUGGCGGCUGUCAGCCCCCCCGACAUAUGUUUCGUGGGUCGAGGGACACAGCACGCCAGGGACGGCCUCAUUAAUCCCCCACUAUGCGCCAGCUGCGCCCUCCUUUUUUGAAGGAGUGGAAGCAGCGUUGGGCAUUUUUAGGGAGGAUAUUCCUCUUGAGGAUGUGCUAUCAGUGUUAGUCUCAGCUUCUGAGGCAUCAUCUGAAGGCGCUGACUCAGGAGAUGACAGGGCUAUUGGGGAAGAAAUGAAUAUUCUAUUGGAACAAUUCAUUACACUGACCCAGAUGUUUAAUACCCCUUUUCCUUCGGGAAAUUGUGAGGUCAUUACAUCCCUGGAUGAUGACGCCACAGCCUCUCUGUGCUCUGAAUUCUCAGGUCUCAUUGAGUGGGCUGCUAAACAGCGGGAGAUUAAGCUGCCCCCCAUUCCCUCCAACCCGGAAGUGGAUAUGAGGAAGGGCGGCCGUUACUCUCGCUACAGCUUGGCGUCAGACGGCGGCCUCCAGCAGCAAGGGAGCGGGCCUCGCCCCCCCCUGCAGUGCCAGAGGUGCCGGCGAGAGAGGUCAUUAAAGCGUCAUCCUGGCAUCACCCGAAGGGCGGCCAGAAGAGACGGCGUUUAUGACAGGCGAGGGGGAGAGAACGAAAGACGGCACAGCGCCUGCUGUGACCGAGCCCACUGUCCCCCCCACCCUACCGUUGAGUGUAUGGAUGAGAAUGUUUUUUGUUGAUGUGUGUAAUAAAGAGUUGGCUCUACUUGACACUGUCAAAAAAGAGCCCCUUUUCCAUAAUACAUCCGAGAGCGUUCGACCUUCCUCACUCUCGCUCUCUCUCUUACCGCUAUGAGUGCAGCUCAGCCCACCAUGGUGCGUUGCUGAAUGCACACAUAAGGCAGGUAUAUAAAAGGUAUUAAGUGUACCUUAUAAAGACCUCACUUUACAGACUCCUAGGAGUGCUGUAGUGAGUGUCUCACAUAGCAGGCUGCAGUCUCAGCCAAAUAAUGGCAUGAUGACGCGACCGCUAUUCGGGACGGCGCUCUGUCUCAGGCUAACGCCUCAGUCAGUGCAGUUCAGACCUGUGCUGCGUUCACGGAGGGCCUGAUUACUACGGUUACGGGCGUAAUCAACGUAUCGGCGCCCCCGUUUCUCUCAGAACACGCUGAUAAUAACCACAUUGGGGAUGGCGCACUAUCACAGACUAAGGUCUCUGUUAGUACGACCCAGACCCAUGCUGCGUUCAAGAAGGGCCCGAUUACCACGGUCACGAAGGUGCCCAGUGUAUCGGCGCCCCCACCUUUUUCUGAACGCGCCCAGGCUCACCACACUGAGUGUAGUUCAGCCCACCAGAGGUGCAGAGCUGAACGCACACAGGAGGUGAAAGGAGGAAUAAUACCUAGACGCCGUCUUGGUUUAUCUCAAAGAGACCUCACAUUACAGACUUCAAGGAGUACUGUAGUGAGUGCCUCUCAUAGCAGGCUGCAGUCUCAGUCAGGAGACAUGAUGACGCAGCCGCUAGUUGGGGAUGGCGCACUAUCGCAGACUAAGGUCUCGGUUAGUGCGAUUCAGACCCAUGUUGCGUUCACGGAGGGCCCGAUUACCACGGUGACGAAGGUUCCCAGUGUAUCGGCGCCCCUACUUCUUUCUAAACGCGCUAAUACUCACCACACUGAGCGUAGUUCAGCCCACCAGAGGUGCAGAGCUGAACGCACACAGGAGGUGAAAGGAGGAAUAAUACCUAGACGCCGUCUUGGUUUAUCUCAAAGAGACCUCACAUUACAGACUCCAAGGAGUACUGUAGUGAGUGCCUCUCAUAGCAGGCUGCAGUCUCAGUAUCGGCGCCCCCACUUUCCUUUGAACGCGCUAAUACUCACCACACUGAGCGUGACUCAACCCACCAGGGGUGCAGAGUUGAACACACACAGAAGGUGAAAGUUAAGAAGGUAUCAAGGUGCCGCCUUGUUUUACCUCACAGAGACCUCAUACUACAGACUUCUAGGAGUACUGUAGUGAAGGGCUCUGAUAGCGAAUUGCAGUCACCUAAGAUGACGCAAUCGCUUGCUGGGGAUGGUGCCCUGCCGCAGGCUGUGGCCUCGGUCAGCGCAAUUCAGACCCGCGAUGCGUUCAAGGAGGGCAGGAAUACGACGGUUACGGGUUUAACCGACGUCCCUGCUCCUCUUUCUUUCUCAGAACGCAUUAAUAGUUCCUCUCCCUUUCACGGGAGGCCCACCUUGGGCUGUUCCACCACUUCAAUGUUGGGGAACAGUAGGCGGUAAGGGCCAUAGAGGAAUACAGGUCCUUCCUACUGGAUGCACCACAGCUUCGCGCCCAGCCACUUUCUCUGCAUUGCUGGCAGUGGCGAAGAAGCUGCACCCUCUCAUGCUGGCUAGAACAGACGUUGCAGAAGGGUUAUGCUCUCCAAUUCCACCGGACCCCACCCCCGUUCAGGGGAGUGGUGGAGACGGUGAUGAAAACGCCAGACAAAGUGGCCGCUCUGAUGACAGAGAUUACGGAACUUUUGGCGAAGGAGGCGGUGACAGUAGUUCCCCGGGAACAAAGGCACAAAGGGCUAUAUUCGCCGUAUUUCCUAGUGCCCAAAAAGACGGGGGGAGUGAGGCCGAUUUUGGAUUUACGCAUUCUCAACGAGAGCAUAACCAAACGGCCCUUCCGAAUGCUAACGACAAAACGUCUGCUGGAAUGUGUCCAGAGAGGGGACUUUUGUACGAGCAUAGACCUAAAGGACGCGUACUUUCAUGUGCCGGUUCAGCCGCGUCACAGGAAGUUUCUGCGGUUCGCCUUUCAAGGGGUGGCGUACGAAUACACGAGGAUGCCAUUUGGGUACGCCCUGGCACCUCGCACAUUUUCCAAGUGUGUGGAGGCGGCAUUGGAACCGUUGCGUCGUCAGGGAAUACGGCUACUAGCCUACCUGGACGACCGACUGGUUCUUGCCCCGUCAGCAGAGCUGGCGAUCACUCACACAACACAGACAGUGAUAAUAAUAAUAAUAAUAAUAUGCCAUUUAGCAGACACUUUUAUCCAAAGCGACUUACAGUCAUGCGUGCAUACAUUUUUUGUGUAUGGGUGGUCCCGGGGAUCGAACCCACUACCUUGGCGUUACAAGCGCCGUGCUCUACCAGUUGAGCUACAGAGGACCUACAGUGAUACAUCUCACAAGUCUGGGGUUUGCUGUGAAUUGGAAAAAGAGCGCGCCCUGGCCCACUCAUCAGAUUGUCUACCUGGGGAUACAGCUAGACACUGUGAAGAUGAGGGCUCGAAUUUCGGACCCCCGAAGGGUAGCCUUGUUGCUAGCCCUGAGGAAGUGUCGUCCGAAUCACACGGUGACGGCGCUGUCGAUCAUGUCACUUUUGGGUUCUCAUGUCGUCAGCCCACUCUGUGGUUCCGCUGGGACUCCUGCAUAUGCGCAGGAUGCAGCGAUGGUUCGCCCAACUAAGACUAGACCCUUUGCGUCAACAUCAUCGGUUGGUGGUGGUUCCACUCUCGCUCAGUGCAGAUCUGAACUAUUGGAGAAACCCGCGCGUUCUCACGCACGGAGUCCCGAUAGGAAAGGUGUCCUCUCACAUCCCAGUAUUCACGGAUGCGUCCCUGACAGGAUGGGGAGGGACAUGUCAGACUCAAGCGAUAGGAGGUGUGUGGCCUCAAUCAGGUCGUCAUAUCAACCUCUUGGAGUUGGAAACGGUUCGACUGGUUCUGACCCACUUCGCGUCUACCCUUCGGGGUCGCGAUGUGCUGGUCUGGUCAGACAACCGGACCACAGUAGCUCACAUAAAUCGCCAAGGAGGAGUCAGGUCUCCUGCUCUCCAUCGGGCGGCAGAGGAAUUGUGGCUGUGGGCUCACAAGCACCUUCGCUCAUUGAGAGCAGCACACAUUCCGGGCUACUUGAACGUAGGAGCAGACCUCAUGUCAAGAGGGGGUCCUUGAGACGACGAGUGGUGUCUGCAUCCGGACAUUGUUCUCCAGAUUUGGGAACAAUUCGGGAGAGCCCAGGUGGACCUAUUCGCGUCACGUGUGAACACGCAAUGUCCUCUGUGGUUCUCUCUGAGGGAAGAGGACGAACCGCCACUGGGAAGGGACGCCUUUGCGCACAAACCAUGGCCGAGAGUUCUCCUGUAUGCAUUCCCUCCGCUGUCCUGCAUUCUCCCACUGCUAGCCAGGGUGAGGUCAGGGGGGCUGUCAGUGAUACUGAUAGCGCCCGAUCGCCCGGGGGCUCCGUGGUUUGCGGAGAUGAGUCAGAUGUUGAUUGCGCCACCUUGGCCAAUUCCACAUCGACGGGACGCGUUGUCUCAGGCGGGAGGCACGAUAGGGAAAUUGCCCAUAAUCGGCCAACCACUGAAGGCCUGGCUGCUGAGAGGGACAGGCUAGAGCGCCGUGGGUUAUCUGAUGCAGUGAUCAGGACCAUACAGGGUUCACGUGCCAGUUCCACUUCUAAGAUGUAUGCCAGUAGAUGGAACGUGUUUCACGAUGGUGUGUCACACAAGGUGUAGACCCCAUGAGCUGUCAGGUAGAAGAGAGAGAGAGAGAGAGAGAGAGAGAGAGACAGAGAGAGAGAGAGAGAGAGACAGAGAGAGAGACAGAGAGAGAGAGAGAGAGACAGCAGAGAGAGAGAGAGAGAGAAGAGAGAGAGAGAUGAGAGAGAUAGAGAGAGAGAGAGAGAGAGAGAUAGAGAGAGAGAGACCGGAGAGGGGGAGAGAGAUGAGAGACGUGAGUGAGGAGAGAGGAUGAAGGGAAGAGAGAGCGCGAGAGGAGAGAGAGAGCAGAGAGAGAGACAGAGAGGGAUCUGAAGCAUCACGUCCUGUAGUCAAACCUUUUCUCCAUCCACUCCCCCCUCAUCUCCCCCAUUCCAUUUACAAACCUAAUUACCUAAUUAGGGAAAGGUCAGACUACACCACCACCUCCCCUCUUUGUCCCUGCCCCCUCUUCCUCUUAUCCAUCUCACCUGAUUGAAUAAUUUGAGUUAGUUUACCACUGGGGGAUUCUCAACGUUUUCAAUCAGGAAGGUGGUUUUGUUGUUUAAAAUAUUGAAAAACAGCAUAUUCAGCAUACAUUUAAGCGUUGUAUGAUGGUCAGUUACUGGUCAGAGCCUGUCUUAGCUGGUUAUGCUGAAGAUUCAGAUUCGGUGUUUCCGAUGGUGACCAGCUUAAUUGGUUUGUUCGACCCUCACCCACCGGACAAAAGUAUAUACCAAUGUAAGAGUGCUGUUCAUUGACUACAGCUCAGCGUUCAACACCAUAGUCACCUCCAAGCUCAUCACCAAGCUCUGGACCCUGGGACUGAACACCUCCCUCUGCAACUGGAUUCUGGACUUCCUGACGGGCCGUACCCAGGCGGUGAGAGUAGGCAACAACACAUCUGCCACGCUGACCCUCAACACGGGGGCCCCUACAGGGGUGUGUGCUUAGUCCUGUCCCGUACUCCCUGAUCACCCAUAACUGCAUGGCCGUGCACGACUCCAACACGCCUACUACUGUUGUGUCGUCUGCAAACUUGAUGAUUGAGUUGGAGGUGUGCAUGGCCAUGCAGUCAUGGGUGAACAGGGAGUACAGGAGGGGGCUGAGCACGCACCCUUGUGGGCCCCCUGUGUUGUUUCCUACCUUCACCACCUGGGGGCGGCCCGUCAGGAAGUCCAGGACACAGUUGCACAGGGCGGGGUUCAGAACCAGGACCCUGAGCUUAAUGAUGAGCUUGGAGGGUACUAUGGUGUUGAACGCUGAUGAACAGCAUUGAACAGCAUUCUUAACUUGUUAUUCCUCUUGUCCAGAUGGGAUAGGACAGUGUGCAGUUCGAUGGCGAUUGCAUCGUCUGUGGAUCUAUUGGGGUGGUCAGCAAAUUGAAGUGGGUCUAGGGUGUCAGGCAAGGUAGAGGUGAUAUGAUCCUUAACUAGCCUCUCAAAGCACUUCAUGAUCACAAAAGUGAGUGCUACGGGGCGAUAGUCAUUUAGUUCAGUUACCUUUGCUUUCUUGGGUACAGGAACAAUGGUGGACAUCUUGAAGCAAGUGGGGACAGCAGACUGGGAUAGGGAGAGAUUGAAUAUGUCCGUAAAUACUCCAGCCAGCGGGUCUGCGCAUUCUCUGAGGACACGGCUAGGGAUGCCGUCUGGGCCGGCAGCCUUGAGAGGGUUAACAUGCUUAAAUAUCUUACUAAUGUCGGCCACAGAGAAGGAGAGCCCACAGUCCUUGGUAGCGGGCCGCGUCGGUAGCACUGUGUUAUCCUCAAAGUGGGCGAAAAAGGUGUUUAGCUUGUCCGGAAGCAAGACGUCGGUGUCUGCAACGUGGCUGGUUUUCCCUUUGUAGUCUGUGAUUGUCUGUAGACCCUGUCACAUACGUCUCGUGUCUGAGCCAUUGAUUUGCGACUCCACUUUGUCUCUAUAAUGACGUUUUGCCUGUUUGAUUGCCUUACGGAGGGAAUAACUACACUGUUUGUAUUCGGCCAUAUUCCCAGUCACCUUGCCAUGGUUAAAUGCGGUGGUUCGCGCUUUCAGUUUUGCACGAAUGCUGCCACCUAUCCACGGUUUUCUGGUUAGGGUAGGUUUUAAUAGUCACAGUGGGAACAACAUUUCCUAUACACUUCCUAAUAAACUCAGUCACUGUAUCUGUGUAUUUGUCGAUGUUAUUCUCGUAGGCUACUCGGAACAUAUCCCAGCCGUGUGAUCAAAACAAUCUUGAAGCGUGGAUUCCGAUUGGUCAGACCAGCAUUGAAUAGUCCUUAGCACGGGUACUUCCUGUUUGAGUUUCUGCCUAUAGGAAGGGAGGAGCAAAAUGGAGUCGUGAUCAGAUUUGCUGAAGGGAGAGAGCGGGAGGGCCUUGUAGGCAUCCCAGAAGUUGGAGUAGCAGUGGUCAAGUGUUUUUCCUAAGUAAGUACUGCAGUCAAUGUGUUGAUAGAAGUUCAGUAGCAUUUUACUCAAAUUUGCUUUGUUAAAAUCCCCAGCUACAAUAAAUGCGGCCUCAUGAUAUGUGGUUUUGUUUGCAUAAAGUCCAGUGAAGUUAUUUGAGAGCCGUCUUGGUAUCGGCUUGAGGGGUAAUAUACACGGCUGUGAAUAUAACGAAGAUAAUUCCCUUGGGAGGUAAUACGGUCUGCAUUUGAUUGUGAGGUAUUCUAGGUCGGGUGAACAAAAGGACUUGAGUUCCUGUAUGUAAUCACAAUCACAGUGGUUAAUCAUGAAACAAACACCCCCGUCUCUCUUCUUCCCGGAGAGUUAUUUAUUCCUGUCUGUUCGAUGCACUGAGAACCCAGCUGGCUGUAUGGACAAAGACAGUCUAUCCCGAGAGAGCCAUGUUUCCGUGAAACAGAGUAUGUUACAAUCCCCGAUGUCUCUCUGGAAGGAGAUUCUCACCCUGAGCUCGUCUACUUUAUUAUCCAGAGACAGAACAUUAGUGAGUAAUAUACUCGGCAGCGGUGGAUGGUGUGCGCGUCUCCUGAGUCGGACUAGAAGUCCACUCCGAAUAUCUUUUCCCCCUGCGGUGUUUUGGAUCAGCCUCUGGAAUCAGUUCAAUUGCCCUGGGGGUACGAACAAAGGAUCCAAUUCGGGAAAGUCGUAUUCCAGGUCGUAAUGCUGGUGUGUUACCGCCGCUCUGAUAUUCAAAAGUUAUGUCCGGCUGUAAGUAAUAACACAAAACAUUUCCUGGGCUAAUAAUGUAAGAAAUAACACGCACAAAAACAAAAUACUGCAAAGUUGCUUAGGAGCUAGAAGCAGAGCUGCCAUGUCUGUUGGCGCCAUUAAACAUUACCGCUUGGUACGGCGACUGCAAGGCACCCAACCACAAGGCACUACAGAUGCUGGUGAGAACGGCCCAGUACAUCACUGGAGCCUUGCUCCCUGCUAUCCCGGACCUAUAUACCAGGUGGUGUGAGAGAAAGAGAUCAGGACAAAUUUUGCCAUUAAAUAGUCUCCUACAACUGUAAAUAGUCUGGAAAUUAAAUUGUAUCCUACUACUGUAAAUAGUCUGUACAUUAAAUAGUCUCCUGCUACUGUAAAUUGUAUGUAAAUUAAAAUAGUCUCCUACUACUAUAAAUAGUCUGUAAAUUCAAUAGUCUCCUACUACUGUAGAUAGUCUGUAAAUUCAAUAGUCUACAUGUACUGUUAAUAGUCUGUGAAUUAAAUUAAAAGCAGAUAUGGGAUAUACAUAUUAAAAUAAAUUAUAAAUAUAGUUUAUUUAUUUAUUGUCCUUUCAUGAUGGAACGGUCCCCAACCCUAUAUCCUAGACACCCACCUGAGCGACCCACACACUAAGGAGAAAUCCUUAUCUGUUUUAUAGGCCUACUGCAAGUAGCCCAUACGCAGCCAAAACAGAAAGAUAAAUGCAGUCAGAGACAAACUAAAGCAGCACCGCCCCCUCAAGAUUCUGAGCCUGCCUGGCAGGCUUGGUCCUACAAAGGCAAAAGCCCCCAGAUGGGUGAGCAUAAUAUACAAGGAACGUCUCAAAGCUGCUAUUGAGAACCUUGUACCUAGCCGGUGGGGAAUCCGGUGGGGUACCCCCACCCAGGUAGUGGCAGUGCUGGCAACACUGGCUGCAGUAACCCAUUGGGAGGAGGUCACACUCGGACAAUCAGAGAGGGGGCAUGUUAUAAUGGCCCUGGUGGCACACAAAAAAAUCAAAGGUCUGACUGCACAGAGAUCCUUGGGAAAAUGGUCACAACGGGAGACCAGAGGAUGUGUGUUUAAGGGGAUGAGCUCCAUCAGCUAGGACUUGACAUUGGUUCAUCAAAUCUCAACCGUUGUUGCUUAAUUUUGCCUUCUCAAACAGUGCCUUUGGAAAUUAUUCAGACCCCUUGACUUUUCCACAUUUUUGUUAUGUUACAGCCUUAUUCUAAAAUGGAUUAACCUCUACGGGAUCGGUGUCCCGUAUACGGGACGGUUGAGCUAACGUGCGCUAAUGUGAUUAGCAUGACUGUUGUAAGUAACAGCAAAACUUUCCAGGACAUAGACAUGUCUUAUAUGGGCAGAACGCUUAAAUUCUUGUUAAUCUAACUGCACUGUCCAUUUUACAGUAGCUAUUAUGGUGGAAAAAAUACCAUGCUAAUGUUUGAGGAGAGUGCACAACAACAAAAAACGUAUCACGGCAACUGGUUUGAUACAUUCACCUCUGAAGGUAAAUAAUGUACUUACAUUCAGUAAUCUUGCUCUGAUUUGUCAUCCUAAGGGUCCCAGAGAUAAAAUGUAGCAUAGUUUUGUUUGAUAAAAUCCAUUUUUAUAUUCCAAUAUAGGAUCUGGGUUCUACAGUUUGAACCCCUGCGGUCUCUGGCUCCACACCCACCUCGCCCGGCCAUCUAGAUGUGUGAAAGUUAGUGUAUAAGCUAAUGAUCCAUCAUGUAUGACAUUCCUGGGAGUGUGUAAACAUACAUUUUGUAUUACCAUAUCAUUGUUGUAUGUUCUCUAUGGUUAUUGUACUUGAAAAUGUAUCAAUUGACCAAUUUGGGCACAUUUGGGAAGACUUCAUACAAUAUAGUCCAGUAUUGCAAACGCUUCAUUGGAUCAAUCUGAAACUUUACACACACUGCUUCCAUCUAGUGGCCAAAAAUCUGAAUUGUGUCUAAACUGCAAUAUUAUAUUGUGGCCUUUCUCUUGCAUUUCAAAGAUGAUGAACAAAAAAAUAAAUAGAAAACUCAUGUUUUUUUGUUUGUAUUAUCUUUUACCAGAUCUAAUGUGUUAUAUUCUCUACAUUAAUUUCACAUGUCCACAAAGUUCAGUGUUCCUUUCAAAUGGUAUCAAGAAUAUGCAUAUCCUUGCUUCAGGUCCUGAGCUACAGGCAGUUAGAUUUGGGUCAUUUUAGGUGAAAUUUGAAAAAAAGGGCUAGAUCCUUUAACAAAAAAUCCUUCCGCAAUCUUACACACAAACACCAUAAUGACAAAGCAAAAACAUGUUUUUAGAAAAUGUUUGCUAAUUUAUUUUAAAAAAUCAAAACAUCAGUACCUUAUAUAUAUAAGUAUUCAGACCCUUUGCUAUGAGAUUCGAAAUUGAGCUUCAGGUGCAUCAUGUUUCCGUUGAUCAUCCUUGAGAUGUUUCUACAACUUGAUUUGGAGUCCACCUGUGGUAAAUUCAAUUGAUUGGACAUGAUUUGGAAAGGCACACACCUGUCUAUAUAAGGUCCCAGAGUUAACAGUGCGUGUCAGAGCAAAAAACAAGCCAUGAGGUCAAAGGAAUUGUCCGUAGAGCUCCGUGACAGGAUUGUGUCGAGGCACAGAUCUGGGGAAGGGGUAGCAAAAAAUGUCUGCAGCAUUGGAAGGUCCCAAAGAACACAGUGGCCUCCAUCAUUCUUAAAUGGAAGAAGUUUGGAACCACCAAGACUCUUCUUAGAGCAGGCCGCCAUGCCAAAACUGAGCAAUCGGAAGAGAAGGGCUUUGGUCAGGGAGGGUGACCAAGAACCCAAUGGUCACUCUGACAGAGCUCCCAGAUUCCUCUGUGGAGAUGGGAGAACCUUCCAGAAGGACAACCAUCUCUGCAACACUUCACCAAUCAGGCCUUUAUGGUAUGAGUGGCCAGACGGAAACCACUCCUCAGUAAAAAGGCAACAUGACAAGCCCGCUUGGAGUUUGCCAAAAGGCACCUAAAGGACUCACAGACCAUGAGAAACAAGAUUAUUUGGUCUGAUGAAACAAAGAUUGAACUCUUUGGCCUGAAUGCCAAACAUUCACGUCUGGAGGAAACCUGGCACCAUCCCUACCGUGAAGCAUGGUAGCAGCUGCACCGUGCAGUGGGGAUGUUUUUCAGAGGCAGGGGACUGGGAGACUAGUCAGGAUCAAGGGAAAGAUGAACGGAGUAAAGUACAGAGAGAUCGUUGAUGAAAACCUGCUCCAGAGCGCUCAGGACCUCAGACUGGGUGAAGGUUCACCUUCCAACAGAACAACGACCCUAAGCGCACAGCCAAGACAACGCAGGAGUGGCUUCGGGACACAUCUCUGAAUGUCCUUGAAUGGCCCAGUCAGAGCCCAGACUUGAACCCGAUUGAACGUCUCUGGAGAGACUUGGAAAAUAGCUGUGCAGAAACGUUCCCUAUCCAACCUGACAGAGCUUGAGAGGAUCUGCAGAGAAGAAUGGGAGAAACUCCCCAAAUACAGGUUUGCCAAGCUUGUAAGCAUCAUACCCAAGAACACUCAAUACUGUAAUCGCUGCCAAAGGUGCUCAACAAAGUAUUGAGUAAAGGGUCUGAAUACAUAUUUCAGUUUUUUAUUUGUAAUACAUUUGCAACAUUUGUAAAAACCUUUUUUUGCUUUGGUCAUUAUGGGGGGUAUUGUGUGUAGAUUGAUGAGGGAAAAAUACACAUUUAAAUAACUGUAGAAUAAGGCUGUAAUGUAAAACAUUUGGAAGCAAUCAAGGGGUCUGAAUAUUUCCGAAUGCACUGUAUAUUUAUUCGCACAUCAUGACCUUUAUUGAGUGGGUCUCGGGGAUGGAACAACUGUUUGUGGGGGAAGGGGGGAGUGUGUAUGAAUGUGUGUGUUGUGUUUUUUGUAUCCCAGAUCUGUUUGCUGCACAAUAUAGGAUGCAUCACAACAAUUAUUUUGCUAAAAUUAUAAUUGCUUGCCAAAAAUGUAAUUUUUGUAAUGGUUCAUCCUGGUUAAGUUAUAAGAAUCCUUCGCAUGAAUGCCUAACAUUACACCGCCUUUAUGAAUUGAUUGUAUCGGACAUUAAGAUACACAGGAUGUUUGUAUAGUAACACUACCGUUCAAAAGUUUAGGGUAACUUAGAAAUGUCCUUGUUUUCGAACGAAAAGAAAAAUCAUUUUUUUUGUCCAUUAAAUAACAUAAAUUGAUCCAAAAAACAGUGUAGACAAUUGGUGAAUGUUUGGGGAAAGCAUUCAUUGUAAUGGAAAUGGCUCUCUGCUGAUUUCUGAUUUGUAAUGGAAAUCUACAUAGGCGUACAGAGGGCAUAUCAGGCAACCAUCAGUCAUGUGGCAAUGCACGUUGUGUUUGCUAUCCAAGUUUAUCAUUUUAAAAGGCUAAUGAUCAUUAGGAAAACCCUUUUGCAAUGAUGUUAGAACAGCCUGAAAAAUGUGUGUAUUAAAGAAAGCAAUAAACUGGCCUUCUGAGGACUAGUUGCGUUUCGGAGCAUCAGGAAAUUGUGGGUUUCAAUUUACAGGCUCAAAAUGGCCAGAAACAAGAAAUUUCUUUCUGAACUCGUCAGUCUAUUCCUGCUCUGAGAAAUGCGGCUAUUACAGCGAAAAAAUUGCCAAGGAACAGAAAUGAAGUCUGUACAACGUGUGUAACUACUUCCUAUUUACAGAACAGCGCAAAAUGGCCUCUAACCAGACUAGAAAAACUGAGCAAGAGGCAGAUACAUUAGAGUGUCUAGUUUGAGAAGAAACAGACGCCUCACAGGUCCUCAACUGGCAGCUUCAUUAAAUAGUUACCCGCAAAACACCGAUCAACGGCAAACGUGAAGAGGCAACUCCGGGAUGCUGGAACUUCUAGUCCGAUUGCAAAGCAAAAAGCCAUAUCAUCAGACUGGCCAAUAAAAAUAAAAGAUUAGAUGGCAGUCUGUGGAUAGGCUUUUCUUUGCAAUCUGCCCUCGAAAGGUCAGCUCCGGGAGUCGCCUCUUCAACUGUACGUUGAGACUGGUGUUUUGCAGUAUUACUGAAAACAGGACCCAGUGGAAAAUAUAAAGAUCCAGUCCAUUAAAAAAUAGGCCCCUUACACUUCAGUGUUGUGAUGCAAAAUUCUACCGAAAUGCAUAGCAAUACAAUUUAAAAAGAUAUCGUCGGAUAGUAUUCAUCCUAAUCAGACAGGUUUUUUUACAUGGAACCAUACAUUGAGAUAAUAUAAAGACAAGUACUGGAAACAGUAGAACACUUAUGAAAAAUCGGGGAAAAGUCUGGUAUUCAAGUGAUUUGAAAAAGGCUGUUGAUGAAACGUACGACUUUGGAAGUUAAUAUAAAUGCCUUGAAUAUUUAGACUUGGAGAAUCUCUCUUAUACCAAUGGGUGAAAGUAUGAUUAGUAUCCCUAGAUUGUAAAAUAGUAAAUAAUGGCUACUUCUCAGAAAGUUUUUAAACUGUCGAGGAGUAAAACAGUUGUCCACUAUCGGCUAUCUAUUUAUUAUGGCCAUCGAAUGUUAAGCUAAUAAAUCAGAUCCAAAAAUAAUAUAAAGUGCACUAGAAAUCAGGGCUUUAAAAAUAAAGGUGUCAUUGCAUGCUGAUGAUUCGUGUUCUCUAAAUCCACAAUUUGGAUCCACCACGCCGCAUGGAGGAUCUAGAUACUUUUUCUAACCUUUGUGAUUACAACAAAUUAGUGAAUCACCUAAAAAAUACAACAGUUACAUGGACCAGGUAGUGUACCAAUAAAAUUGUCGACGGUUUGAGUGGACCAUACUCGAUUAUUUCAUAUAAUAUCAGAGAAACAAUAUCUCGCUACAAUACAUUUGAAUAGAAGAAGUUAGCAAUACCGGCUCUCACCCGGAGUCCGAUAGAAAGGUGUCCUCUCACAUCCCAGUAUUCACGGAUCGUCCUGACAGGAGGGAGGGACAUGUCAGACUCAAGCGAUAGGAGGUGUGUGGCCUCAAUCAGGUCGUCAUAUCAACUCUUGGAGUUGGAAACGGUUUCGACUGUUUGACCCACUUCGGUCUACCCUUCGGGGUCGCGAUGUGCGGUCUGGUCAGACAACCGACCACAGUAGCUCCAUAAAUCGCCAAGAGGAGUCAGGUCUCGUCUCCAUCGGGCGGCAGAGGAUUGUGGCUGUGGCUCACAGCACCUUCGCUCAUUGAGAGCAGCACACCAUUCCGGGCUACUUGAACGUAGGAGCAGACCUCAUGUCAAGAGGGGUCCUUGAGACACGAGUGGUUGUCUGCAAUCCGGACAUUGUUCUCCAGAUUUGGGAACAAUUCGGGAGAGCCCAGGUGGACCUAUUCGCGUCACGUGUGAACGCGCAAUGGUCCUCUGUGGUUCUCUCUGAGGGAAGAGGACGAACCGCCACUGGGAAGGGACCCUUUGCGCACAAACCAUGGCCGAGAGUUCUCCUGUAUGCAUUCCCCUCCGCUGUCCUGCAUUCUCCCACUGCUAGCCAGGGUGAGGUCAGAGGGGGCUGUCAGUGAUACUGAUAGCGCCCGAUCGCCCGGGGGCUCCGUGGGUUUGCGGAGAUGAGUCCAGAUGUUUGAUUGCGCCACCUUGGCCAAUUCCCACAUCGACGGGACGCGUUUGUCUCAGGCGGGAGGCACGAUAGGGGAAAUUGCCCAUAAAUCGGCCACCACUUAAGGCCUGGCUGCUGAGUAGGACAUGCUAGAGCGCCGUGGGUUAUCUGAUGCAGUGAUCAGGACCAUACAGGGUUCACGUGCCAGUUCCACUUCUACGUGUAUCCAGUAGAUGGAACGUGUUUUCACGAUGUUGUGUCACACCAGUUGUAGACCCCCUGAGCUGUCAGGGUAGAGAGAGAGAGAGAGGAGAGAGAAGAGAAGAGAGAGAGAGAGAUAGAGAGACGAGAUAGAGAGAGAGAGAGCAGAGAGAGAGACGAGAGAGAGAGAGAUAGAGAUACAGAGAAAGAGAGCGAGAGAGAGAGAGAGAGAGAUGAGAGAAGAGAGGAGAGAGAGAGAGAGAGAGAGAUAGAGAGAGAGAGAGAGAGAGCGACAGGAGAGAGAGGGGAGAGGGAUCUGAAGCAUCACCUGUCCUGUAGUCAAACCUUUCUCUCCCUCCACUCCCCCCUCAUCUCCCCCAUUCUCAUUACCACACCUAAUUACCUAAUUAGGGAAGUGUCAGACUACACCCACCACCUCCCCCUCCUUCUGUCCCUGCCCCCUCUUCCUCUCUAUCCAUCUCACCUGUUGAAUCAUUGAGUUAGUUUACCCCUUGAGGGGAUUCUCAAUCAGUUUUCAAUCAGGAAGGUGGUUUGUUGUUUAAAUAUUGAAAAACAGCAUAUUCCAGCAUACAUUUUAAGCUGUUGUAUGAUGGUCAGUACUGGUCAGAUGCAUGGUCUAGCUGGUUAUGCUGGAAGAUCAGCCUUCGUUGUGUUUUCGCUGGUGACCAGCCUUAAUUGUGUUUUUCGCCCUCACCCACCUGGACAAAAGUAUAUACCAAUGUAAGAGUGCUGUUCAUUGACUACAGCUCAGCGUUCAACACCAUAGUCACCUCCAAGCUCAUCACCAAGCUCUGGACCCUGGGACUGAACACCUCCCUCUGCAACUGGAUUCUGGACUUCCUGACGGGCCGUACCCAGGCGGUGAGAGUAGGCAACAACACAUCUGCCACGCUGACCCUCAACACGGGGGCCCCUACAGGGGUGUGUGCUUAGUCCUGUCCCGUACUCCCUGUUCACCCAUAACUGCAUGGCCGUGCACGACUCCAACACCAUCAUCAAGUUUGCUGACAACGCGAUGGUGGUAGGACAGUUCACCGAUGACAAUGAGGCAGCCUAUAGGGAGGAGUUCAUUGAGGUGCCAGGACAACAACCUCUCCCUCAACUUCAGCAAGACAAAGGAGCUGAUGGUGGACUAGAGGAAACAGAGGGGCGAGCUCGUCCCCAUCCACAUCAAUGGGGCUGUAGUGGAGCGGGUCGAGAGCUUGAAGUGCCUCUGUGUCCACAUCACUAAGGAAUUAACAUUGUCCACACCCACACAGUUGUGCAGAGGACAUUACAAGUUUGUGAGGGUUUUAGGAGCCAAGCUUAAUUUCUUCAGCCUCCUGAGGUUGAAGAGGCGCUGUUGCGCCUUCUUCACCACACAGUCUGUGUGGGUGGACGAUUUCAGAUCGUCAGUGAUGUGUACGCCGAGGAACUUGAAUCUUUCCACCUGCUCCACAGCGGUCCCGUCGAUGUGGAUAGGGGCGUGCUCCCUCUGCUGUUUCCUGAAGUCCACGAUCAGCUCCUUUGUUUUGUCGACAAUGAGGGAGAGGUUAUUUUCCUGGCAUCACACUCCCAGGGCCUUCAGCUCCUCUCUGUAGGCUGUCUCGUCAUUGUUGGUAAUCAAGCCUACUACUGUUGUGUCGUCUGCAAACUUGAUGAUUGAGUUGGAGGUGUGCAUGGCCAUGCAGUCAUGGGUGAACAGGGAGUACAGGAGGGGGCUGAGCACGCACCCUUGUGGGCCCCCUGUGUUGUUUCCUACCUUCACCACCUGGGGGUGGCCCGUCAGGAAGUCCAGGACAAAGUUGCACAGGGCGGGGUUCAGAACCAGGACCCUGAGCUUAAUGAUGAGCUUGGAGGGUACUAUGGUGUUGAACGCUGAUGAACAGCAUUGAACAGCAUUCUUAACUUGUUAUUCCUCUUGUCCAGAUGGGAUAGGACAGUGUGCAGUUCGAUGGCGAUUGCAUCGUCUGUGGAUCUAUUGGGGUGGUCAGCAAAUUGAAGUGGGUCUAGGGUGUCAGGCAAGGUAGAGGUGAUAUGAUCCUUAACUAGCCUCUCAAAGCACUUCAUGAUCACAAAAGUGAGUGCUACGGGGCGAUAGUCAUUUAGUUCAGUUACCUUUGCUUUCUUGGGUACAGGAACAAUGGUGGACAUCUUGAAGCAAGUGGGGACAGCAGACUGGGAUAGGGAGAGAUUGAAUAUGUCCGUAAAUACUCCAGCCAGCGGGUCUGCGCAUUCUUGUGAGGACACAGCUAGGGAUGCCGUCUGGGCCGGCAGCCUUGAGAGGGUUAACAUGCUUAAAUAUCUUACUAACGUCGGCCACAGAGAAGGAGAGCCCACAGUCCUUGGUAGCGGGCCGCGUCGGUAGCACUGUGUUAUCCUCAAAGUGGGCGAAAAAGGUGUUUAGCUUGUCCGGAAGCAAGACGUCGGUGUCUGCAACGUGGCUGGUUUUCCCUUUGUAGUCUGUGAUUGUCUGUAGACCCUGUCACAUACGUCUCGUGUCUGAGCCAUUGAUUUGCGACUCCACUUUGUCUCUAUAAUGACGUUUUGCCUGUUUGAUUGCCUUACGGAGGGAAUAACUACACUGUUUGUAUUCGGCCAUAUUCCCAGUCACCUUGCCAUGGUUAAAUGCGGUGGUUCGCGCUUUCAGUUUUGCACGAAUGCUGCCACCUAUCCAUGGUUUCUGGUUAGGGUAGGUUUUAAUAGUCACAGUGGGAACAACAUUUCCUAUACACUUCCUAAUAAACUCAGUCACUGUAUCUGUGUAUUUGUCGAUGUUAUUCUCGUAGGCUACUCGGAACAUAUCCCAGUCCGUGUGAUCAAAACAAUCUUGAAGCGUGGAUUCCGAUUGGUCAGACCAGCAUUGAAUAGUCCUUAGCACGGGUACUUCCUGUUUGAGUUUCUGCCUAUAGGAAGGGAGGAGCAAAAUGGAGUCGUGAUCAGAUUUGCUGAAGGGAGAGAGCGGGAGGGCCUUGUAGGCAUCCCAGAAGUUGGAGUAGCAGUGGUCAAGUGUUUUUCCUAAGUAAGUACUGCAGUCAAUGUGUUGAUAGAAGUUCAGUAGCAUUUUACUCAAAUUUGCUUUGUUAAAAUCCCCAGCUACAAUAAAUGCGGCCUCAUGAUAUGUGGUUUUGUUUGCAUAAAGUCCAGUGAAGUUAUUUGAGAGCCGUCUUGGUAUCGGCUUGAGGGGUAAUAUACACGGCUGUGAAUAUAACCGAAGAUAAUUCCCUUGGGAGGUAAUACGGUCUGCAUUUGAUUGUGAGGUAUUCUAGGUCGGGUGAACAAAAGGACUUGAGUUCCUGUAUGUAAUCACAAUCACAGUGGUUAAUUAUGAAACAAACACCCCCGUCUUUCUUCUUCCCGGAGAGUUAUUUAUUCCUGUCUGUUCGAUGCACUGAGAACCCAGCUGGCUGUAUGGACAAAGACAGUCUAUCCCGAGAGAGCCAUGUUUCCGUGAAACAGAGUAUGUUACAAUCCCCGAUGUCUCUCUGGAAGGAGAUUCUCACCCUGAGCUCGUCUACUUUAUUAUCCAGAGACAGAACAUUAGUGAGUAAUAUACUCGGAAGCGGUGGAUGGUGUGCGCGCCUCCUGAGUCGGACUAGAAGUCCACUCCGAAUACCUUUUCUCCGCCGGCGGUGUUUUGGAUCAGCCUCUGGAAUCAGUUCAAUUGCCCUGGGGGUACGAACAAAGGAUCCAAUUCGGGAAAGUCGUAUUCCAGGUCGUAAUGCUGGUGUGUUACCGCCGCUCUGAUAUUCAAAAGUUAUGUCCGGCUGUAAGUAAUAACACAAAACAUUUCCUGGGCUAAUAAUGUAAGAAAUAACACACACAAAAACAAAAUACUGCAAAGUUGCUUAGGAGCUAGAAGCAGAGCUGCCAUGUCUGUUGGCGCCAUUAAACAUUACCGCUUGGUACGGCGACUGCAAGGCACCCAACCACAAGGCACUACAGAUGCUGGUGAGAACGGCCCAGUACAUCACUGGAGCCUUGCUCCAUGCUAUCCCGGACCUAUAUACCAGGUGGUGUGAGAGAAAGGCCCAAAAAGGACAAAUUUUGCCAUUAAAUAGUCUCCUACAACUGUAAAUAGUCUGGAAAUUAAAUUGUAUCCUACUACUGUAAAUAGUCUGUACAUUAAAUAGUCUCCUGCUACUGUAAAUUUUAUGUAAAUUAAAAUAGUCUCCUACUACUAUAAAUAGUCUGUAAAUUCAAUAGUCUCCUACUACUGUAGAUAGUCUGCAAAUUCAAUAGUCUCCUGCGACUGUAAAUAGUCUGUGAAUUUGAUAGUCUCCUACUACUGUAAAUAGUCUGUAUAUUUAAUAGUCUACAUGUACUGUUAAUAGUCUGUGAAUUAAAUUAAAAGCAGAUAUGGGAUAUACAUAUUAAAAUAAAUUAUAAAUAUAGUUUAUUUAUUUAUUGUCCUUUCAUGAUGGAACGGUCCCCAACCCUAUAUCCUAGACACCCACCUGAGCGACCCAUACACUAAGGAGAAAUCCUUAUCUGUUUUAUAGGCCUACUGCAAGUAGCCCAUACGCAGCCAAAACAGAAAGAUAAAUGCAGUCAGAGACAAACUAAAGCAGCACCGCCCCCUCAAGAUUCUGAGCCUGCCUGGCAGGCUUGGUCCUACAAAGGCAAAAGCCCCCAGAUGGGUGAGCAUAAUAUACAAGGAACGUCUCAAAGCUGCUAUUGAGAACCUUGUACCUAGCCGAUGGGGAAUCCGGUGGGGUACCCCCACCCAGGUAGUGGCAGUGCUGGCAACACUGGCUGCAGUAACCCAUUGGGAGGAGGUCACACUCGGACAAUCAGAGAGGGGGCAUGUUAUAAUGGCCCUGGUGGCACACAAAAAAAUCAUAGGUCUGACUGCACAGAGAUGCAGGGAAAAUGGUCACAACGGGAGACCAGAGGAUGUGUGUUUAAGGGGAUGAGCUCCAUCAGCUAGGACUUGACAUUGGUUCAUCAAAUCUCAACCGUUGUUGCUUAAUUUUGCCUUCUCAAACAGUGCCUUCGGAAAUUAUUCAGACCCCUUGACUUUUUCCACAUUUUGUUAUGUUACAGCCUUAUUCUAAAAUGGAUUAACCUCUACGGGAUCGGUGUCCCGUAUACGGGACGGUUGAGCUAACGUGCGCUAAUGUGAUUAGCAUGACUGUUGUAAGUAACAGCAAAACUUUCCAGGACAUAGACAUGUCUUAUAUGGGCAGAAAGCUUAAAUUCUUGUUAAUCUAACUGCACUGUCCAUUUUACAGUAGCUAUUAUGGUGAAAAAAUACCAUGCUAAUGUUUGAGGAGAGUGCACAACAACAAAAAACGUAUCACGGCAACUGGUUUAAUACAUUCACCUCUGAAGGUAAAUAAUGUACUUACAUUCAGUAAUCUUGCUCUGAUUUGUCAUCCUAAGGGUCCCAGAGAUAAAAUGUAGCAUAGUUUUGUUUGAUAAAAUCCAUUUUUAUAUUCCAAUAUAGGAUCUGGGUUCUACAGUUUGAACCCCUGCUGUCUCUGGCUCCACACCCACCUCGCCCGGCCAUCUAGAUGUGUGAAAGUUAGUGUAUAAGCUAAUGAUCCAUCAUGUAUGACAUUCCUGGGAGUGUGUAAACAUACAUUUUGUAUUACCAUAUCAUUGUUGUAUGUUCUCUAUGGUUAUGUACUUGAAAAUGUAUCAAUUGACCAAUUUGGCACAUUUGGGAAGACUUCAUACAAUAUAGUCCAGUAUUGCAACGCUUCAUUGGAUCAAUCUGAAACUUUACACACACUGCUUCCAUCUAGUGGCCAAAAUCUGAAUUGUGUCUAAACUGCAAUAUUAUAUUGUGGCCUUUCUCUUGCAUUUCAAAGAUGAUGGAACAAAAAAAUAAAUAGAAAACUCAUGUUUUUUUGUUUGUAUUAUCUUUUACCAGAUCUAAUGUGUUAUAUUCUCCUACAUUAAUUUCACAUUUCCACAAAGUUCAGUGUUUCCUUUCAAAUGGUAUCAAGAAUAUGCAUAUCCUUGCUUCAGGUCCUGAGCUACAGGCAGUUAGAUUUGGGUAUGUUAUUUUAGGUGAAAUUUGAAAAAAAGGGCUAGAUCCUUUAACAAAAAUCCUCCGCAAUCUACACACAAUACACCAUAAUGACAAAGCAAAAACAUGUUUUUAGAAAUGUUUGCUAAUUUAUUUAAAAAAAUCAAAACAUCAGUACCUUGUUUAUAUAAGUAUUCAGACCCUUUGCUAUGAGAUUCGAAAUUGAGCUCAGGUGCAUCCUGUUUCCGUUGAUCAUCCUUGAGAUGUUUCUACAACUUGAUUGGAGUCCACCUGUGGUAAAUUCAAUUGAUUGGACAUGAUUUGGAAAGGCACACACCUGUCUAUAUAAGGUCCCAGAGUUAACAGUGCGUGUCAGAGCAAAAAACAAGCCAUGAGGUCAAAGGAAUUGUCCGUAGAGCUCCGUGACAGGAUUGUGUCGAGGCACAGAUCUGGGGAAGGGUAGCAAAAAAUGUCUGCAGCAUUGAAGGUCCCAAAGAACACAGUGGCCUCCAUCAUUCUUAAAUGGAAGAAGUUUGGAACCACCAAGACUCUUCUUAGAGCAGGCCGCCAUGCCAAACUGAGCAAUCGGAAGAGAAGGGCUUUGGUCAGGGAGGUGACCAAGAACCCAAUGGUCACUCUGACAGAGCUCCAGAGUUCCUCUGUGGAGAUGGGAGAACCUUCCAGAAGGACAACCAUCUCUGCAACACUUCACCAAUCAGGCCUUUAUGGUAGAGUGGCCAGACGGAAACCACUCCUCAGUAAAAGGCACAUGACAGCCCGCUUGGAGUUUGCCAAAAGGCACCUAAAGGACUCACAGACCAUGAGAAACAAGAUUAUUUGGUCUGAUGAAACAAAGAUUGAACUCUUUGGCCUGAAUGCCAAACAUCACGUCUGGAGGAAACCUGGCACCAUCCCUACCGUGAAGCAUGGUAGCAGCUGCACCGUGCAGUGGGGAUGUUUUUCAGAGGCAGGGACUGGGAGACUAGUCAGGAUCAAGGGAAAGAUGAACGGAGCAAAGUACAGAGAGAUCGUUGAUGAAAACCUGCUCCAGAGCGCUCAGGACCUCAGACUGGGUGAAGGUUCACCUUCCAACAGAACAACGACCCUAAGCACACAGCCAAGACAACGCAGGAGUGGCUUCGGGACACAUCUCUGAAUGUCCUUGAAUGGCCCAGUCAGAGCCCAGACUUGAACCCGAUUGAACGUCUCUGGAGAGACUUGAAAAUAGCUGUGCAGAAACGUUCCCUAUCCAACCUGACAGAGCUUGAGAGGAUCUGCAGAGAAGAAUGGGAGAAACUCCCCAAAUACAGGUGUGCCAAGCUUGUAGCAUCAUACCCAAGAACACUCAAUACUGUAAUCGCUGCCAAAGGUGCUCAACAAAGUAUUGAGUAAAGGGUCUGAAUACAUAUUUCAGCUUUUUAUUUGUAAUACAUUUGCAAACAUUUGUAAAAACCUUUUUUUGCUUUGUCAUUAUGGGGUAUUGUGUGUAGAUUGAUGAGGGAAAAAUACAAUUUAAAUAACUGUAGAAUAAGGCUGUAAUGUAAAAACAUUUGGAAGCAAUCAAGGGGUCUGAAUACUUUCCGAAUGCACUGUAUAUUUAUUCGCACAUCAUGACCUUUAUUGAGUGGGUCUCGGGGAUGGAACAACUGUUUGUGGGGGAAGGGUGGGGAGUGUGUAUGAAUGUGUGUGUGUGUUUUUUGUAUCCCAGAUCUGUUGCUGCACAAUAUAGGAUGCAUCACAAUAAUUGUUUGCUAAAAUUAUAAUUGCUUGCCAAAAAUGUAAUUUUGUAAUGGAUCCUGGUUAAAGUUAAGAAUCCUUCGCAUGAACUGCCUAAAAAUAACAUAAAAUUGAUCAAAAAUACAGUGUAGACAAUGUUAAUGUUGGAAAUGGCUAUUGUAACUGGAAAUGGCUGAUUUUUAAUGGAAUAUCUACAUAGGCGUACAGAGGGCCAUUAUCAGCAACCAUCAGUCCUGUGUUCCAAUGGCACGUUGUGUUUACUAAUCCAAGUUUAUCAUUUUAAAAGGCUAAUUGAUCAUUAGAAAACCCUUUUGCAAUUAUGUUAGCACAGCUGAAAACUGUUGUGCUGAUUUAAAGAAGCAAUAAAACUGGCCUUCUUGAGACUAGUUGAGUUUCUGGAGCAUCAGCAAUUGUGGGUUCAAUUACAGGCUCAAAAUGGCCAGAAACAAAGAACUUUCUUCUGAAACUCGUCAGUCUAUUCCUGCUCUGAGAAAUGAAGGCUAUUACAUGCGAAAAAUUGCCAAGAAACUGAAGAUCUCGUACAACGCUGUGUACUACUUCCUUUACAGAACAGCGCAAACUGGCUCUAACCAGAAUAGAAACUGAGCAAGAGGACAAAUACAUUAGAGUGUCUAGUUUGAGAAACAGACGCCUCACAGGUCCUCAACUGGCAGCUUCAUUAAAUAGUACCCGCAAAACACCAGUCUCAACGUCAACAGUGAAGAGGCAACUCCGGGAUGCUGACCUUCUAGUCAGAUUGCAAAGCAAAAGCCAUAUCUCAGACUGGCCAAUAAAAAUAAAAGAUUAAGAUGGGCAGUCUGAGAUAUGGCUUUUUCUUUGCAAUCUGCCUAGAAGGUCAGCAUCCCGGAGUCGCCUCUUCACUGUUGACGUUGAGACUGGUGUUUUGCAGGUAGUACUGAAACAGGACCCAAGUGGAAAAUAUAAAGAUCCAGUCCAUUAAAAAAUAGGCCCCUUACACUUCAGUGUUGUGAUGCAAAAAUUCUACCGAAAUGCAUAGCACAUAGAAUUAAAAAGAUAUCGUCGGAUAGUAUUCAUCCUAAUCAGACAGGUUUUUUACAUGGACAAUACAUUGGAGAUAAUAUAAGACAAGUACUGGAAACAAUAGAACACUAUGAAAAAUCUGGGAAAACAGGUCUGGUAUUCAUAGCUGAUUUUGAAAAAGGCUGUUGAUAAAAUACGACUGGAAUUUAUAUAUAAAUGCCUUGAAUAUUUAGACUUUGGAGAAUCUCUUAUACCAAUGGGUUAAAGUUAUGUAUAGUAUCCCUAGAUGUAAAAUAGUAAAUAAUGGCUACUUCUCAGAAAGUUUUAAACUGUCGAGGAGUAAAACAAGGUUGUCCACUAUCGGCAUAUCUAUUUAUUAUGGCCAUCGAAAUGUUAGCUAAUAAAAUCAGAUCCAAAAAUAAUAUCAAGUGCCUAGAAAUCCAGGGCUUAAAAAUAAAGGUGUCAUUGCAUGCUGAUGAUUCGUUUUCUUCUAAAUCCACAAUUUGGAUCCCACCACAGCCUCAUAGAGGAUCUAGAUACUUUUUCUAACCUUUGUGGAUUACAACCAAAUUAUUGGAUCACUAAAAAAUACAACAUUUACAUGACCAUGUAGUUUACCAAUAAAAUUGUCUGACGGUGAUGUGGACAUACUCGAUAUUCAUAUCAUAUCAGAGAAAUAAAUAAUCUCGCUAUAAUACAUUUGAAUAGAAAGUUAGCAAAUACAGAUAAGAUAUUGCUACCAUGGAAAGGAAAAUACCUGUCUAUUUGUUGAAAAAUCUGCCUGAUUAACUUUUUAGUCAUAACCCAGUUUACCGAUUUGUUUAUGGCCUUGCCUACACCUAGCAACCAGUUUUUUUAAUUAUAUGAGAAAAAAAAGAUUCCAUUUGAUUUCAAACAGCAAGCCAUAUAAAAUUAAACAGGCCCAAUUAUAUAAUGAAUAUGAAUUCGGAGGGCAGAAAUGAUUUAAUAUUAAAGCAUCAGACCUCUCACUAAAGGCUUCAGUCAUACAAAAGUUAUACUUAAAUCCAAACAGGUUCUCCAGCACAUUACUAAGAAUGUCUCUCUCCAUAUUCAAUAAUGGCAUUUAUCCCUUUAUUCAGAUUACAACCUCUCACGUUCAGUUUUUUGAAAAUGAAAUAAUCUCCAAAAUAUCGCUGCAAUUUCAGUUUAAUCCACCAGAAAAGACAGAAAAAAUAGUACAACAUUUUUUAAAAGGUAUAAUCUUUGUAAAUUAUAUCAUAAAUAGGACUGGUGGAGUUAUGUCACACAUGCACCAACUCACAAACCAGGAAUUGACAAAAUGGGACAAACACCAAAUUGAGACUCUCCAUGCAGAAUUCUGCAAAAACAUCCUCUGUGUACAACAUACAACACCAAAUACUGCAUGCAGAGCAGAAUUAGGAUGAUUCCUGCUAAUUAUCAAAAUCCAGAAAAUAGCGUUUAAAUUCUACAACCAACUAAAAGGAAGCAAUUCCCAAACCUUCCAUAACAAAGCCAUCACCUACAGAGAGAUUAACCUAGAGAAGAGUCCCCUAAGUAAGCUGAUCCUGGGGCUCUGUUCACAAACACAAACAGACCCCAACAGAGCCCCAGAACAGCAACACAAUUAGACAAACCAAAUCAUGAGAAAACAAAAAGAGAAUUACUUGACACAUUGGAAAGAGUUAACCAAAAAACAGAGAAAACUGGAAUGCUAUUUGGUCCUUAAUAGAGAGUACACAUUGGCAGAAUACCUGACCACUGUGACUCACCCAAACUUAAGGAAAGCUUUUCAUAUGUACACAUUCAGUGAGCAUAGCCUUGCUAUUGAGAGAGGCCGCCGUAGGCAGAGCUGGCUUUCAAGAGAAGACAGGCUAUGUGCAGACUGCCCACAAAAUGAGGUGGAAACUGAGCUGCACUUCCUAACCUCCUGCCAAAUAAAUGACCGUAUUAGAGACACAUAUUUCUCUCAGAUUACAAAGACCCACAAAGAAUUCGAAAACAAAAUCGAAUUUUGAUAAACUCCCAUAUCUAUUGGGUGAAAUACCACAGUGUGCCAUCACAGCAGCAAUAUUUGUGAACUGUUGCCACAAGAAAAGGGCAACCAGUGUAGAACCAACACCAUUGUAAAUACAACCCAUAUUUAUACUUUUGUUUAUUAUCUAUUUCACUUGCUUCGGCGUAAACAUGUUUCCCAUGCCAAUGAAGCCCUUUGAAUUGAAAGGAAUUGAGAGAGAGAGAGAGAGAGAGAGAGAGAGAGAGAGAGAGAGAUAGGGGGGGAGCGAGAGAGAGAGAGAUAGGAGACGAGAGAUCAGAGAGAGAGAGAGAGAGAUAUAGAUAGAUAGAGAGAUAGCAGAAGAGAGAGAGAUAGAGAGAGAGAGGAGAGAGAGAGAGAGAGAGAGAGAUUUUCACUUCAAAGGAAGACAGACCUGAUAGAUUAAAGCGCAGCUGGACUCAAAGACACUCAGGUGGUCCUACACACAGGUGUCCUGAGGGUGUGUAUGACUGAGGGUGAGUGUGUGAGUGAGUGAGCCCACGCCCAAAAAAGCCCAAAUGAUUGUGCCGGUAUCCAAUGCAUAUAUGAUAUAGGCUACUGCACAUUACUCACGACAGAAAAACAUAAAAGCCCAUAGAUGUAGCUAGCUAUAUGCUCUCUUGGGUAAAUAAAUGAAACUAGCUCCAGUAGGCUAAUCUUUUAGAGUGUGAACUGCAUUACUGUACUGUAUUGUAUUAUACUGUAUUAUACAGUACGGACUGGAAUUACACACAUCGUUCAAUCCAUGAUAAAGCAGGGAGAGAACAUGCGAUUCUGGUGCAGCACAUGAGGCCUACAAAGUUACAAGUAUAGGCUAGAGAACUAGAUUUUAAUUUGGGAAUAAAUUGGGCCUAUUUGUAUAAUUAGUAGGCUGACUCAUAUUUACCUUUCAUAAUAUUUCCCCUAAUGUUAUUAGCCUACCUCCUCCUUCUCUCUCUAGUGUUGCUUCAUUCCUUCCUCACUUUCAACAGUUAAAUGAAGUAAGUGUAGUUGUCCUUAUCUUCAUCAUUCUAAUGAAAUGCUUGAAUAAUGUUGGACUAGAAUUAGAUGCAGAAAUCGUUCACUUCUCUUCACGAAGAUUGAAUGGUUACGGGUCUGAAUAAAUAACUGCUAUAGCCUACCGCCAUCUCUCUUCUUUCAAUACUAACCGAGAGUUCUAUUGGCUGCUGUAUUUAACAUUCAGCAAACAAGAGCUUGCGUCCCUCUUUGAAUAGUCUAUUGGUAUAAGACAUGCUAAGAAAAUGUCCAGCAAGUCUAGCUUUUCCUGCAUGGGACACCAAGAAGGUUUUUUAAGGAGCCAGCGGAGCACAGGUGCGUGCGUAUUGCGCAAGAGACAGAGGCUAUAAGUUAGAAGCUUAUUAUGCAUAACCCAUCAUUAAUUAGCUCAAUAUAAGGCUAAUGCUGCAUUCAAUCUAUUACCUGAAAGAGGUAGGCUAGGACAUCUAUAAAUAGGCCUAUAUAUCAGUCUUGAACAAGAUUAUCUAUUUUGGAUGCAAUUUGAAUGGAGUUGAUAGAGAGAGAGAAAGACUGUGCGAGAGUGCUCGCCCGUGCACAGAUUUAAAGCAACGAUAUUCGAGUGAUAAGGUAUUUUAAAACUCUGCAGCUGCAAUAAAAAAUUAAAUAAUGUUUCAAUAAAAUUAGAAUGUGACGCCUGAAAGCCAGAUGGAGAUGGGUAAAUUAGACGCGCAUUCGGUCUUUAUAUUACUGUAGUAGAGACUAUGCUGCAGCAAAUGUAGGUCUACCUGUCACAAGAAAAAAAAUGACCAUGAUAAGAUGAUAAGUCUACAUGUAUCAUCUGAGAUGGGCUGUCUGUCCCCAACCUGAGCGUUGAUGAUUCAUCAUGCAGAGGCCGUAGAGAAACCAGAUUAAGACAUUGCAUAUAAUUUAACAGUUCCAUUUCACACCAUGCUGUUCAUUUAAAUAACUAAUGAUAAUUUACUGUUUUCUUGCAGUUAUUUAUCCCAGGACAAUGUGGUGGUUAUGGGAAGUAAAUCCCAGUAAAUCUCGGUAACCGGGUUCCUGCCAUUCAACCCUAGUGUGUGUGUGUGUGUGUGUGUGUGUGUGAGUGAGUGUUUAAGUGUAUGAGUGAGGGACAAAUCAAAACUUGCUCUCCCCUGUACCUUUCAUACCCAGGGACAGAACAAACCUUCCUCUUCCCUGUACCCCCUCCUUCCACUCCUUCCUCUCCUCCCCCUCUUCCUCUUCUCUCUUACUCAUUACCACAAUAGUUAGUCUCUUUCUCUCUCUCUCUCUCUCUCUCUCUUAAUCGGCAAUGAGAUGGAUUCACUGUACAAUUUCAGAUGAUCGUCAUGGUUGCUCAGUCUCCCCCCCCCCCCCCUCUCAGUUCCCCAUCCCCUCUCUCCCUCCUCCUCCCCCCUCUCAGUUCCCCAUCCUCUCUCCCUCCUCCCCCCCCCUCUCAGUUCCCCAUCCCCUCUCUCCCUCUUCCUCCCCCCUCUCAGUUCCCCAUCCUCUCUCCCUCCUCCCCCCUCUCAGUUCCCCAUCCUCUCUCCCUCUUCCUCCCCCCUCUCAGUUCCCCAUCCUCUCUCCCCCCCCCCCUCUCAGUUCCCCAUCCUCUCUCCCUCCUCCCCCCUCUCAGUUCCCCAUCCUCUCUCCCUCCUCCUCCCCCUCUCAGUUUCCCCAUCCUCUCUCCCCCCCCCCCCCCCUCUCAGUUCCCCCAUCCUCUCUCCCUCUUCCUCACCCCUCUCAGUUCCCCAUCCUCUCUCCCUCUUCCUCCCCCCUCUCAGUUCCCCAUCCUCUCUCCCUCCUCCCCCCUCUCAGUUCCCCAUCCCCUCUCUCCCUCCUCCUCCCCCUGUCACGGUUUCGGCCGAGGCUGCUCCUCCUCCUGGUUCGGGCAGGCUUCGGCGUUCGCCGUCCCCGGAAUACUAGCUGCCACCGUUGUAUGUUUCGUGUGUUGAUUGCUUUGGUCUGUCUGUUACACCUGUGUCUGUUUGUGUCCUAAUUACGUGUCCUAUAAGUUCCCUGUUUUGUGUUAGUUAUAUUGUGUGUUGUUGUCCGCGUGUCUUUUGAGCUGCGUGUUUUGCGCUCUUCAUGGUAUUUGUUUUACGCAUGUUGCGUACUGUUUCUCGCCUCUGUAUUUUCGAGGUCGUGUAUGGAUUAUUGUACACUUUACUAAUAGUAAAGUUUGUUGGACUAAACCUCUGUGUCCUGCGCCUGACUCCUCAUCACAUCCACAUCGGUACCAUACUGACACAUCCACAUCGGUACCAUACUGGAGUCAGCAGGAUCAGCGACGACAGCCUGGUCACUAGAAGAACGGCUCAGUCAGCAGGACUCCAUGAUCCGGCAACUGGAGGCCGUUCUAGGCGAGGUGUCCAACACUCUGCACCGGUUGGCUAGUGGAGAGGUGCCCACGUCCACAGGUGGCACCUCCUUCCCAGCAUAAGGCGCUAGUAGAUUCAGGCGCAGCUGGGAACUUUAUUGAUCGGGCAUUUUGUGCUAGGUUAGGAAUUCCCCUUCGGCCGGUAGAAGUUCCAUUCCCUGUCCAUGCAUUAGACAGCCGGCCGUUGGGGUCGGGUCUGAUCAGGGAUGUCACAGCACCGCUGACGAUGACUACGCAGGGGGGUCAUGAGGAAAUCAUUCAGUUCUAUCUGAUUGACUCUCCUGCGUACCCAGUGGUGUUGGGGCUUCCCUGGUUAAGCACCCACGAUCCUACCAUAGCGUGGCAACAGAGGGCUCUUAUGGAGUGGUCUGCCCAGUGUGUAGGGAGAUGUCUAGGUGUUUCCAUAGGGGCGACCUCGGUAGAGAGUCCGAACCAAGUGCCCGCACUGCGCAUUCCCCCCGAGUAUGAGGAUUUAGCACUAGCGUUUAGCAAAUCGAGGGCAGCACGGCUACCUCCUCAUAGACAGGGGGACUGUGCGAUAAAUCUCCAGACCGGAGCAGCUUUUCCCAGGAGUCAUGUGUAUCCCCUGUCUCAAGAGGAAACUGCGGCUAUGGAGACUUACAUAGCCGAGUCCUUGGCACAGGGAUACAUACGGCCCUCUACUUCUCCGGUCUCCUCGAGUUUCUUCUUUGUGAAGAAGAAGGACGGGGGAUUGCGCCCGUGUAUUGAUUACCGUAGUCUCAAUCAGAUCACAGUAAAAUACAGUUACCCACUUCCACUGAUUGCGACGAUGACGGAGUCAUUACGCGGAGCGCGGUUCUUCACAAAGUUGGAUCUCAGGAGCGCGUACAAUUUGGUGCGCAUUAGGGAGGGGGAUGAAUGGAAAACAGCAUUUAGCACCACCUCGGGUCAUUACGAGUAUCUCGUCAUGCCGUACGGGUUAAUGAAUGCUCCUUCAGUCUUCCAAUCCUUUGUUGAUGAGAUUUUCCGGGACAUGCAUGGGCAGGGUGUAGUGGUGUACAUUGACGACAUUCUAGUGUAUUCUUCUACACGAGCCGAGCAUGUAGCCCAGGUGCGCCGAGUAUUGAGACGACUGUUGGAGCAUGACUUGUAUGUCAAGGCAGAGAAAUGCCUGUUCUUCCAGGAGUCCGUCUCUUUUUUGGGUUAUCGGUUGUCUGCGUCUGGCGUGGAGAUAGAGGUAGAUCGGGUAUCGGUUGUGCGUAAUUGGCAAACUCCAACCACCGUAAAAGAGGUGCAGCGGUUCUUGGGUUUUGCUAAUUACUACCGGAGGUUUAUCCGGGGCUUUGGACAGGUUGCAGCUCCCAUUUCGUCCCUGCUAAAGGGGGGUCCGGUGCGCUUGCAGUGGUCAGCUGAGGCGGACAGGGCAUUUGUCAAGCUGAAGAACCUGUUCGCCUCGGCCCCGGUGCUGGCGCAUCCGGAUCCCUCUUUGCCUUUCCAAGUAGAGGUGGACGCGUCCGAGACCGGUAUUGGGGCAGUCCUGUCACAACGGUCCGGCACGCCACCUAAGCUCCGCCCCUGUGCGUUCUACUCCAAGAAGCUCAGCUCGGCGGAGCGCAAUUAUGACGUUGGGGACAGGGAGCUGUUAGCUGUAGUCCAGGCCCUAAAGGUGUGGAGGCAUUGGCUUGAGGGGGCUCAACACCCUUUUCUCAUUCUGACUGAUCACCGUAACCUGGAGUACAUCCGGGCAGCUAGGAGAUUGAACCCUCGUCAGGCUAGGUGGAACAUGUUCCUGACCCGGUUUGUUUUUAAGAUCACAUACAUCCCUGGGUCCCAGAACGGUAAGGCAGACGCACUGUCCCGGCAGUAUGACACGGAGGAGAGGUCCAUUGAGCCUACUUCCAUACUGCCGGAGUCUUGUCUGGUGGCUCCGGUAGUAUGGGAGGUCGAUGCGGAAAUCGAGCGGGCGCUGCGUACCGACCCUACUCCCCCCGAGUGUCCUGUGGGGCGGACGUACGUUCCGCUCGAGGUUCGUGAUCGGCUUAUUUCUUGGGCUCAUACAUCACCCUCCUCUGGACAUCCUGGUAUUGGUCGGACGGUGCACUGCCUUAGCGUGAAAUACUGGUGGCCAACGUUAGCCAGGGAUGUGAGGGUUUAUGUCUCCUCCUGCUCGGUGUGUGCCCAGUGUAAGGCACCUAGACAUUUGCCCAGGGGUAAGUUACAUCCUCUGCCCGUUCCACAACGACCAUGGUCCCACCUCUCGGUAGAUUUUGUGACCGAUCUACCCCCUUCCCAGGGUAAUACCACCAUUUUGGUCAUUGUGGAUCGGUUUUCUAAGGCCUGUCGUCUCCUCCCACUGCCGGGUCUCCCUACUGCCCUACAGACCGCCGAGGCCCUCUUUACCCACGUGUUCCGGCACUAUGGGGUCCCCGAGGAUAUUGUGUCCGACCGAGGUCCCCAGUUCACCUCCAGAGUCUGGGGGGCUUUCAUGGAACGCCUGGGGGUCUCGGUUAGCCUUACCUCGGGGUACCACCCAGAGAGCAAUGGGCAGGUUGAACGUGUGAACCAGGAUGUGGGUAGGUUUUUGAGGUCCUAUUGCCGGGACCGGCCGGAGGAGUGGUCGAGGUAUAUCCCCUGGGCAGAGAUGGCCCAGAACUCUCUCCGCCACUCCUCCACCGGAUUAACACCUUUCCAGUGUAUUUUAGGGUAUCAGCCGGUCCUGGCACCGUGGCACGAGAGCCAGACCGAGGCCCCUGCGGUGGACGAGUGGAUUCGGCGCUCGGAAGAGACGUGGGACGCUGCCCAUGUCCAUCUGCAGCGUGCCAUCCGUCAACAGAAGGCGAGCGCCGAUCGCCACCGCAGUGAGGGGCCGGUGUACGCACCGGGAGAUCGAGUCUGGCUCUCGACUCGAAACCUGCCCCUCCGCCUGCCCUGCCGGAAGCUGGGUCGGCGGUUUGUGGGGCCCUUCAAAGUCCUGAGAAGAUUGAACGAGGUGUGUUACAGAUUACAACUGCCUAUUGAGUACAAAAAUAUUAACCCCUCGUUCCAUGUGUCUCUUCUCAGGCCGGUGGUAGCUGGUCCACUCCAAGAGGAGGAGAUAGGAGAGACCCCUCCACCCCCUUUGGACAUCGAGGGGGCACCGGCGUACAGGGUCCGGACUAUAUUGGACUCGAGGCGCCGGAGGAGUGGUCUCCAGUAUCUCGUGGAGUGGGAGGGGUACGGUCCGGAGGAACGGUGCUGGGUGCCUAGGAGGGACAUCCUCGACCCAUCCCUCCUGACAGAGUUCCACCGUGGGCAUCCCACGCGCCCGGGUCUGCGUCCUCCUGGCCGUCCCCGAGACCGGGGUCGGCGCACGGCUGGAGCCGCGCGUCAAGGGGGGGGUACUGUCACGGUUUCGGCCGAGGCUGCUCCUCCUCCUGGUUCGGGCAGGCUUCGGCGUUCGCCGUCCCCGGAAUACUAGCUGCCACCGUUGUAUGUUUCGUGUGUUGAUUGCUUUGGUCUGUCUGGUACACCUGUGUCUGUUUGUGUCCUAAUUACGUGUCCUAUAAGUUCCCUGUUUUGUGUUAGUUAUAUUGUGUGUUGUUGUCCGCGUGUCUUUUGAGCUGCGUGUUUUGCGCUCUUCAUGGUAUUUGUUUUACGCAUGUUGCGUACUGUUUCUCGCCUCUGUAUUUUCGAGGUCGUGUAUGGAUUAUUGUACACUUUACUAAUAGUAAAGUUUGUUGGACUAAACCUCUGUGUCCUGCGCCUGACUCCUCAUCACAUCCACAUCGGUACCAUACUGACACCCCCUCUCAGUUCCCCAUCCUCUCUCCCUCCUCCUCCCCCCUCUCAGUUCCCCAUCCUCUCCCCCCCCCCCUCUCAGUUCCCCAUCCUCUCCCCCCCCCCCCCCUCUCAGUUCCCCCAUCCUCUCUCCCCCCCCCUCUCAGUUCCCCAUCCCCUCUCUCCCCCCCCUCUCAGUUCCCCAUCCCCUCUCUCCCUCCUCCUCCCCCCUUUCAGUUCCCCAUCCCCUCUCUCCCUCCUCCUCCCCCCUCUCAGUUCCCCAUCCUCUCUCCCUCCUCCUCCCCCCUCUCAGUUCCCCAUCCCCUCUCUCCCUCCUCCUCCCCCCUCUCAGUUCCCCAUCCUCUCUCUCCCUCUUCCUCCCCCCUCUCAGUUCCCCAUCCCCUCUCUCCCUCCUCCUCCCCCCUCUCAGUUCCCCAUCCCCUCUCUCCCUCCUCCUCCCCCCUCUCAGUUCCCCAUCCCCUCUCUCCCUCCUCCUCCCCCCUCUCAGUUCCCCCAUCCCCUCUCUCCCUCCUCCUCCCCCCUCUCAGUUCCCCAUCCUAAAAAAGGACCACAAACGCUGA